CGAGCCGUUCAUCGUAAACGAAUUUUAACCGAAUUAGAAGGCACAAGACUGAUAUAGCUUGAAGCACAAAUACAGCACUUUUUACAAGAGCUCAAGCUAAACUCGCCAGCAUGGAUGAUACGCGUAUAGAGUGGAUUAGAAACAAGAUUUAUCUCGGACUUGGGAUCACAGACCCAGAGGUGUUUGAUGAUCUGGUCACCCGAGAAGAUGGGCAAUAUGAAAACGAAAUACUUAAAUUUCUGAACGAAACUCCAAAAGAAGGCUGCACCAUGAUAUUUUACUCCAUGUUAAAGGAGGAAGAAGAGGAAAUUGAAGUUGAGGCAGGUAUGUUUACCAGCUCAAAAUUUAGAUUUCUUUCUGGCGCCAUUUUUUUUUCAGUUGAAAACAAUGCAGGGGCUUUGUUGUUGCGUAGAGGAUUAGCAGCACGAUAGACUUGGUUUUGCCGGUUUUUUUUCUCUUGUUCUCUUAAAGAUGGUUAAAUGUUGCUAUAGAUAAGAAAGAAAACUGGUCUCCAUAAACUGGAAACCAUGUUGUUUUGUCUAACGUAAUAAUUGAACACUGUUUUUACGUCUCUCUAAACACAUUGCCUUCGACCUUUUGGAUUUUAACCCAGGCCUUUUAUAAUUGUAGUCUUUUAGUAUAUGGGAACAUCAGUUUUGUCUCUUAAAUAGCUCUACUGGGCUUUUAUUUGUUGAUGUGCUUGUAGAGUUUAGUUGGAUCAACUACAUACAUGUACACUUUAAGGUCAGUAAGGAGCCACAUGCCUGUAUUACAGCUAGUGUCCUGCAUGUUGUUUUUUACUUGUCUGUAGCGUAUAGUCGUACCUCCCAUAAGCAACCAACUAAAAUGUAAAGAUUUAGUGGUCCCUCAUGAGAAUCAAAUGAAAUAGUAUCUCUUCCGAGGUGUGGACAUACCUACUUUUGCGGCCUGUUGCUACUGACUUUUGCAGGGCUGUCGUUAAGGGCCUGAGGGGCGGGGGGCAGGGGAUUCUAGUAUGAAUGUGACCCCUUUCUACUUUAAUAGGAAACUAGAAGAAAAACAGAACCAAACAAUAUUCUUAGCUGUUUGAUUUCCCACCUACUUGAAUCAUAAUUACUGUUUACAAUAAUUACUAAGUUACAAUAUGUGCAGUUAUAUUCUUUCACUAAAAGUUCUUCAGGAUUCACUCUGUGUAGGUAGUAGAUACAGUGAUUAUAGUGAUCAGACUAUAUGUCAUUUCAAAAUAUGCAAAAUUAUAAAUUCUUUAGCCCAAAAAGUGGCAGCAAUGCAGAUAAGCUGGGGUGAUCAUUUAGUAGAGGUUCUAAACAUUAUGCUUUAGCGGGAAAAAUUUUGUCGCUAAAGUAACUGGAUUGGUGUUUGCUUAUAGGAGAUAGUCACUCAUGAAAAGUUGUCCGAGUUUUAUUUGUAUAAUCGUACAGGCAAGAGAGUUGGGAGGGAGGAGUUUGGCUAUCCUCCUCCUAGGAGUCUAAUAUUGUUUGUACAUGUAUUGUUUUGUCAUUAGUUUUAACCAUAAUUUUUUGCAAACUGCAUUGUCAGUAACAAAGUACGUUACUGACUUUAUUUUUUGGUUCUGCAAAAUUUUUAUAAUGUUAUUGUUACUCCUACAAAUGGCUAAUUUCAGUAACCAUUCAUCAGUUUUACUGGUAUGUCUAAAUUUUGUACUGCUGUGUUAGUGUAGUCUAUGUAAUAAAUAAAUGUUAUCUUUUUCCUCAAGAACCAGAAUUGCCAGAGCUGACAGCUAGUGGUGACGAAGAAGGUGAAAAGACCUCCACAAACGAUGCAGCUGAGGCAGCAGCUGAGGGGGAUGAAUUGGUAAUGGAGAGAGUGCCAUCAGCUUCUGCACGUUCUAAGGCUGCUGAUGAAACCUCAUCUGUCAGAGAAGGUUCCCAAGCUGCAGAAGCAGCAGCACCACAAACAAAUCCUGAAACUGGAGAAGAUAUGCCUGCAUCUGCUGCUGUGGAGGGUGCAGAAGGGGGAGGAGCAGAAGAUGGAGAGGAGCAUCAAACCACCCCUCCUCUCCCUCGAACCGUAAGUACAGUAGUUGUUGUCUUGACUCUUAGUAUUCUCAUUUAUUGUAAUAGUGUUACAUACUUUAGAUUUAAGUAAAAUUAAUUUUGUUCUUAAUUUCAGAAAAUUAUCAUACAGAAAGUUAUAAGGACGGUAAUGUAUGUUUGCUAUGAACAUCUCCCUGACGACUUUGCUGAUGAGAAUGCCUUUUAUUUUGUACGAAAUACCACUGGUCCAGUGCCCCUGCCAUCAACACUCGAUGAAGCAGAAGAAAUACUUCCCCCUCUAUUUGAGUUUGGCUCACAUAAUGCAGCUUCCUUACAAAUGCUUGAGCAGUUGUUAGCUCUGGUCUAUAUGCCGCUGCUCUCACACAAUGGUCAAAGAAAUGAGAGUUCAUCUGAUGGUGGAAGUCAUAAACAAAGCAGUGUAACUGGCGAUGACCAGGGCUCUGAGGAAAGCCGUUCAAGGGUCAUCUUACGAGAUGAAUUUUUAAUGAACAUACAGAAAUUUUCAUCCCACAUCAGCCGAACAAUUCACCAACUGGAGGGAGACAUUCGUCUUGAAAUGCCUGAUGUUAUUCUCAGCGAUGAUAUUGCAGAAAUGGCUAAAGAUACUGAACUGGUAGCCAUGUUAGAGGAAACUUUGCAUAACUGGGAAGUCACAAUAUCUUCUGCACUGGAGAUCCAGUUAAAAAAGACACCACAAGGGAAUGGACCUUUAGCCGAAAUAGACUUCUGGAGAGAGAGAAAUGCUACGUUGAGUGCGAUCACUGAACAGUUAAAACUUCCAACAGUUAAUAAAGUGGUAGCUAUCUUGACUAAUGUCCAUUCUGAAAGUCUGGCAAGUUUUGAGUAUCACAGAGCAGAACUAACAAAAUACUACACUGAAGCUAAGGACAAUGUGCGUUUUCUUUCCACUCUUGAGAGGCAUUUUAAAAACUUAGCUCUUGGUGCUAGCUUCAACAUUGUUUUGGAGACUAUCCCAUCAAUGAUGAAUGCCUUGAGAAUGGUGUGGAUUAUAUCACGACACUACAACAGAGAUGAGAGAAUGGUGCCAUUAAUGGAAAGGAUUGCUUGGGAGCUUAGUGAAAGAGUGUCCAAGAUUGUCAAUGUCCGCACAAUUUUCAGGUAAGUAUAAAAGAAUUUGUUUUAAGUUGUUGAACUCUCAAUAAAGAAGUUUUUUUUAUAAAGAAAAUGUGGUGCUGCGUUGGCGGAGAUUGAUGGGCUUAUCAACUGGAUUGAAACAAAGAUUGAAAAGCUUGCAUUAGUAAUGUUCUUCAUGACGUAGUUCUUCAACUGAAGGCUCCUGGCAAAACUAUCCCCUUAAUGAUUAUUAUAUUAUUAAGAUUGGGUUAUGCUUAGAAAAUGACCUCUCCCCCUCCCUCUCUCCCUCUCUCUCCCCCAACCUGCCCCCUCUCCUCCAGAGUAGAUUUCCAAUGCCCUUAACCUCUUUCUUCGUCAGAACUUUUCCUCCAGACAAUAAACUCACGCUCAAUAAAGAACAGAACUGAUUUAAUGCCUCUAACUCUCUCUUGGUAAAAUUUAAAAUCUCUCGCCAUGCGAUUUUUUUUGCUGAUCGAUCACAAUCUUGAAACAACAUCCUAUAAUAUCCAUAAACCUCAGUUCCUAGGCCCCAAUGACCUCAGGGAGUGCCUGACUUGUUCACAAAGGAAAACAUGCAAACAAAACAUUAUUAACAUCCUGAUAUCAUCCUACGAAUUCUCACAUUACUGCAAAAUUCCUGUGGUGAGCAUACAUUUACAUAAUUUGUACCAUUAGUCAGGGGGAUAGGAAUCUAGAGUGAAUUUAAUUUUAGUCUGGAAUUUUCAAUGAAUUAUUAUGCCGAAAACCUGCCAGUUUACAGGACACAAAAAAAUAAUCUGUCUGGUUGUCCAGGACUAGAAAAUUUUCUUGCUGGACAAGUAACCUUUUUUCCACUUGCUCAGUGGAUAAGAGUCCAGGCAACGUCAACGUCUUGAAGCUAACUCAAUCACUAGCUUCAAAAAAUCAAGCAAUGGCCCUGAGUAGGCAAAAUGAGAGACCUGAAUAUCCAAAGGACAACCUUAACUUCAAGAAUUUUUUUAGCCCUGAAUUCUAAGCAUUUGGUGUGACAUUUUGCUUGUCCAUUGAUUCCCCAGGGAGCCUCCAUACCUUAUGAAACAAAAAACCACUGAAGCCAAGAGGACAUUGGAAACAUGGAAGGAAUCUUACUUUGAUGUGCGAGCUAAGAUUGAAGCUUCUGGCCGAGAUGCGAGGUGGGAGUUUGAUAGAAAACGGUUAUUUGAGAGAACAGAUCACAUGGCCUCGAUUUGUGAGGAUUUGAAGGAGGUGGCAACUGUCAUGGAAGAGUUCUACAAUAUUUUUGGACCUGAACUCAAAGCUGUGACUGGCGAUCCCAAGCGCAUCGAGGAUGUGUUGAAAAGGGUUGAUGGGCUUGUUAAACCUAUUGAAACUGUAAGUUAAUGGUGUAGUGAUUAGUAGAAUGGUUUAUGCCCCAUUCACACCUACUCAACAAACAAAUGAAAAACAGUGACGGACAUGCUUUUACAUGGAAUUAUUCAAAUGAAUCUUAACUUGAAAUGUUACAUAAUUGCACUUAAUUUGCCAUCAGUAAAAUUACAGUAAGAAACUUUAAUUUAUAAAGAAAACAAAUUUGAACAAAUGUUUAACUAAACAGCUUUUAAGCAUUUUUAAGCUUUGGUGUGAAGGGACUUAAGUUGAGAUGCAUGUAACAUAAUACUUACAUCAGAGUGAAAAAUAACAAAACUCACUUGGUAUAUUUUUAUAAAUUGUUACACACAAGUUAAAUGUGAAUGCAGCUUUGAUGUAAUAUAUCAAACAUGAGACACAGUGUUUCAUCACCAGAUGAAACACCGAGAAGAGAGUUGAAAAUACGACAUGCAGCGGAGUAUUUUUGACAAACUUCGAGGUGUUUCAUCUGGUGAUGAAACAGGUUAAAUGUUUGAAUGCAAACAACAUCAUUUUUAAGGAGAAAUGAUUUUCCUUUAAACAUUGAUUUCCUUUGAAAUGAAUUAUUUGAUUUGUUCUUUCAUAAAUGUCUUUAUGUUCUGGAAAUGCCUUUUUGUUCUCUGCAGAUUGGAUUUGAUGCAUUUAGUCUCAGGCAUGCUGCCAGUUGGCGCAAUGUGAUGGACUGGUUUCACAGGGAAGUGACAGCCAUUGAAAAUGAGGCAAGGCACUUCAUAGAUGAUUCAUUCAAGACACUGCGUUCUGCUGAGGGAGCUUUUGACAUGCUGCUCAACUUCAGACACAUCAGAUCUCGUGAAGCUAUUAACUCCCAAAUGAUGAAAAAAUUCAACGACAUCCUGGUGCAGUUUGGCAAAGAGGUGUGAAGUAUAGCAAUAAUUACAUAACAUAACCUGAACCUAAACUGAUAAGUCUACAUGGAUGUUAAGUUAAAAAAAUUACACUGUUAGAUAAUUUUCCACAAAGUCAUAGAAUACAGUGUUAGAUGUGCAAGAAUGCUAUGUUACAUGACACAGAAGCUAAUUUUCACAAAUUUUGCAGACCUUUCCAAGAUUAGCAGAGAGUAUGUGCAGUGACUAAAGAAAGCAACCUCCUUGUAUAAUUUUCGGAUAGUAAAAUGUGAUUCAUUCUGUGCCUUUUUUUUCACUAGGUGGAUGCCAUGUAUACAUUGUUCAAAGCUAAUGUGGACAAACCCCCAAUCUUCAAGAAUCAGCCUCCAGUAGCUGGAGCCAUUAGCUGGGAACGAUCUCUUUUUCUACGCAUUAAACACACCAUCCUGAGAUUUCAGGAAAUGGAGGACAUGCUUAAUUCUGAGCAAGGAAAACUGGUAUGAUUCAUGUUUUCUAUAUCAUUUUAUUAUUAUAUUAAGAUCUUUUCGAAACACAAUUUUCUAUUCUCUGUUAGGCAAGUAAAAAGUAUCUAAUUGUGGCACGGCAAAUGAAGGAUUAUGAAGACAAAAAGUAUGAAGCAUGGAGGGAACAGGUUGAAGCCAAUCUGCUGAUCUAUCUCAAGAAAAAUCUUCUUACAAAGCCCUCAGCAAGCUCUGCUACUACACACAGAAGUGUUGCCGAUGAGGGCACGGGUUCUGAUGAUGCUUCAGCUAGCCUGACAGCUGCUCUUCAGUCUCAAGGUAAUUUGCAGGGCCACACUGUUGACCUAAAGAGUCCAUCAAUCAUCAUGUAAGGAAAUUUUUGCCUACAAGAAAAGACUGUGGUUCUGGCAUGGCAAUCUUGAAUUUAUAGCAUAUUAUUGAGCACAGACAACAAUAUGUACAUUGUAGAUUGCUCUCUCUCUCAAAAUAAAAUAAUGAAAUUUGUGACAUUUAUUCACAUUAUUUCCAUUUCACAUGCUCUCUCAUUUCAUUUUGUCACAUAAUUUUGUAAUAAAAAUUUUGUGGAACUGGCCUCCCUCACACAGUUAUUUUUUUGCCUCCCUUGUGUAGGUCUUUUUAUUGAGGAGAGCUAGAUAAACGAUUGCAUGUGAGGAUUUGUAAAAUUAGAAGCCAUAUAUGGUCAAAUGUUGUCGAAAUGGUCUCACUUUUAUUUGGCUUCUGCUUCAGGGUCUUUUUGGCUAAAUAAUACACUUGAUCAAACUGAAAAAUACAGAAUAUGAUGUAUACUUUCUCUACACUGCACUUGACCUAAAUUUUUAUGAAGCCAAAUUUCAGUACUGUUAGCAUUAUUGUGUUUUUUUUUUUUUCCAGCCUCGCAUCCCAAUGUACAGUAUGUGGCAGAUUUUGCGCCUGAAUUAGGCAUGAUAAUCAUGGAGACCAAAUACCUAGAGCAGCUUGGCUUCCAGGUUCCUGAACUUGCAAGGAAUGUUGCUUUACAGGUAAAUUAUCAUGCAUGAACUAAUGUAGCCUGCGUGGCAGGUGUUCAAAAUGGAAGGGGAAGGGAAUUAGGGCGCGAGACCAUACUCUUGCGCUGCCACGCCGGCUAGAACAAACGUUGUUUCCCACCGUUCAAUUUUUGCUUUAAAGCAAAUAAGUACGGCAUGGAAGCAGGUGAAGUGGCUGUUUUCAUAUUCUAAUCGUUUUUUGGUAUGGGGUCUUAUAUUACUUACUGUCCGUCUCUGUCUGGUUGUUGCUUUCUACAACUUCUGCCCUCAUUCCUAACCUAACUACAGUUACAGAAUUAUUUAAAAGGGUUGCCGAUAGGUGAUAAAUUUUGCAGUGAUGUUAGCAGUUGAUGAGAAGGGAAUGGAGUAGUCACCCAGUAGUGAUGGCUGGGGAGUAGCGGGGGUGGGGGGGGGGCUUAAUAAGAAAGAACAUGGAAACCAGGAGUAAACACCAUGUUUUUAGUUUGGGGGAAAAUUUGAAGAAAAAUAUAUAUAUAUAUAUAUAUAUAUACACAGAUCAAAGUGGAAUAAAAAUUAUUGCAUCAGAUAACAUUACGUGUAGGGAUAAAUAACAGACUCUUCAAAGAAGAGGAGGUAUUUUAAAAAGAAAUAAUGGAUGACUACAAAUAUACUUCUAUAUAUCUCCCAAGGAAAUUGCUCUUGAUGUAAAAUUCCAUUAUCAUGUGAUAAUUAGCCAGCGAACGUCAGACGUUUCUCCUAUUGCUCAUCACCGAUGAGGGACGUUUCAUGAGGAGGAACGUCUGCAACUCAGCGACACAAAUUCUAUACUGAUGAUGUAAAAUCUGUCCAGAAUCCGGUCAUAAGUGCUGAUUGGACGUCGGAGUAGUUACGUUGUUCUAGCCAUUGUUUACGAAUGACAGACACAAGACAAAAGGCAAAAUAAACAUGAUGAGUCUAUAACAAAACAGGCAAUACCUGUGGAAUAUAUUCUUCUCUAAAAGAAGAAUUUGAGUUUUUGCUGGAGCUCGUUCGCAAAUGAACACAACACUUGACCAAAAUCGACCAGGAGAAAUGUAAAAUUGAGAAAAUUUGCAUUUGGAACCCCAUGACUACCAGAUUUAUUAUGUAAACAUUGAUUUACGUCAUCAGUAUGGAAUUUCUGUCGCUGAGUCACAGACGUUUCUCCUCGCGAAACGUCCCUCAGCAGCGAUGAGCUUGGAGAAAUGUCUGCCGUUUGCAGGCUAUGUGAUAAUUUACUGAGAUUUGUUUCUUGUAACUUAACCUAUUAUGUAGGAGGAAAAGUACAUAAAGUAUGUGGAUGGUCUGAAACUGAUGUUGGAUCGAUAUCACACUGUUAUUGGUAGCUUAAAUGUUGCAGAGGUAAAUAUUGAAUCAUUUACGCUUUGUAAAACUUACUAACAUCGAUUAAAUUUCUUCACAUUUGGUCGCAGUAAAAUAGUAGUAGGUUGAUAGAAAUCUCGUUCAUCCCAAAGUACUGUUUAAUUAUGUUCCAGUAAUGUGACAAAUAUUGCUGAAUUACUCUACUCAUAAGUCUGUAGUAAUUUUUGGACUUAAAAUAUCCACUGCACCUUUCAUUCAUUUUUUUUUUUGUUUUCCUUCAGACCCAACUACUUGAUGAUCACAUCAAAGAAUUAAAACGAGUCCUUAAACCGGGUGCAAAGAGAUUGAACUGGAACUCACUGGGAAUAAGUGACUACAUCACACGAUGUGGCCAGGUAAAUAUAAUAAUAUGAAAUUCGAAAUGUGCAAAAUAAUAGCUACAACAUCAUACAAUGUGAAAGCAAUUGCUCAGUAUUCAGAGCUUAGACAAGUUAAAUUUCCUGAGAAUUGGGUAUUACCAGUACGUUAUCAAGUAAUCUUUGCUGUUUAAACUUCCGCACAGGCAAUCAGCAAAUUUGAAUCACUUGUGAAUCAAAUUCAGAAGAAUGCUAAAGAUAUCAAUAAUCGUUUGGAGAUGAUAGAGAACACUAUCCUUUUUAAGCAACCUCCACCUAAGAUUGGGGGAAUGCUGCCAGAUGCUAAGGUUAGUCAAGUGGUGCAUAACGUACUUACAUUAUUAUUGUCUUGUAUUCCACGCUAUAGACGAUCGAGGUGAAGCUGAGAAAAGACAAAGAUGAUUAGUGUCUAGCAUCAGAGACAUUGGUUACUGUUCCAUCACUUGCUAAUGUGCUUGAUGUUUUCUAAUAGGAAUUCUUUGAAUACCUUGAAAAAGCUCGAGCUUUGGAGCUUGAUAACUUGUCCAGGAAAUACAGAGCUAUUGGUCCACUGUUGACAAAGAUGGAGGGACUUGUGGUUCAUACUAACACUGGCAGAUCUACCAAACUACAACCUUACUAUGCAUACUGGGAGAAUGCUGUAUAUGAGUCUCUCACUAAGGUUUGCAACAUCUGUUAUUGAAAAAAAAAAUUAACAAUUUAAGCCCGGCCCUGAGGUAAACUUUUAAUUUUGUUUUCCUCUAGCCUGAGCAUCAUUCGAUUCUGGAGAGAAGAGGAAAAACGGGAAGCGAAAAGGGGAGAAAGCGAAGGGAGAGAAACGCUUUCAUUUCUCUCUUCCUCCCUUCCCUCUCCCCCUCUAAAAUUUCCUCUCCUAUAACCCGUCAGGCUAGUUUUUCUCUAAUCAAUGUCCCCUCAGCUCCACGGAAAAUAUUGAGUUUCUCAAGUUAGUUUCCUAAAGGACCAGUCACUUAGUGGUAAAAAACGUCUACAAAUUUAUGAAAGUUAAAAUCUCAACAAGCCGUCAACAUUGAUGGGUAAAAGUGUACUGUUACUUUGGGACUUCUUAGAUUUUUCAAUGUAUGCUGCUCAGAGACGGUUGAUGGGAAACAGUUUUAUCGUUAGAUGUCAUGUGACCUCAGGGUAACCAAUAAACAAAACACAUGCUGUUGGGUAAAAAGUUCUAGCGAUGCAGCAAAUGGGGCGUGAAGAUUGGAACACGGCGACGGCAACAAGAACGUCAAGAAAACAAUAGUUUAAUACAGCAAAACAACAACUUUACACAUGCAGCAGACUUUUUUGUACAUUAUCUCUUUGCCGUCACUGCAUGACUACGACGUGAAAAUGCCUAAUUUCAAGUGUUAUAGUAGCCUGAGUAUCAGGCGUUUCUAGCCCCUUAGGAAGGCGUGAUACUCAGUCAGGCUAGUGUUAUGGAUGAUGUAGUCAAGCGAGGACAAAAUUUUUUUCUCUUCCUGAACUUGGUGAUGGUUCAUAGGAAUUCAACUCGUGGAGUAUAACGGUGAAGAAAAUUGAAAAAACCUGAAUUCCCUUUAUAAGCGAAGUUAUAACCGCCGUUGCCGCCAAGGUCUCUAUUACUGAAUAUGUGGUGUACAAAAGGACGAGUGUUCAUCACCGUGAGAUAACUGUGAGACUUUACUUCCAGACAGCAAAGAGAUGGAAUUAAUUACUUAAAUAACGUUUUUUCCUUUAUUAUGGAUGUAAUAGAAUUGUUCCUAGCAAGUCAUUCAAAUGAAUAUCAUGUGGCAUACACUAAAUAUACACACACAAUUCAUAAGGUUAUUAUUCUCCCCUUUUGAUUGGUUCCAACGAAGUAAAACUUUUUUUUUGCUUUAUUUAGAUGGUGACAAAGAACUUGCAGCAAUUUAACCAACAGCUUCAUGCUCGCCAGCCACUGUUUAUGAUAGAAACAGUGUUAUCUGCACCAGAGAUCGUCUUGUCACCUCCUGCAAAUGAGAUCUACAAGUUAAUCAUGCAGUCUGUCAGGGAUAUGGUGGAGGGGUACGUUGCAGAAAUCACUUACAGUGUAGUUACAAUGAUGGUUGAUUGAGUCCAAGAACUGCUUAGCACUAUUGGUACCCUGGGUGUCAAAGACUUUUCCUGCCCACGGGCAGUGUAAGAUCUGUUGGUCUGCGGUCCACACCAAAGCAUCCUGCCGCAGAGAAAAAACCUCUGGUACCCAGGGUAUACUGUUGGUUGCGUACCAGACGUCUGAGUGGUUCAAUUCCUGGUCGGACCAACACUCAGGAGGGCUGCGACUAAUAGCCUGGGGCGAGGGAUUUCCCCUGGCUACUUUUAGGAUAACGCUUGGCUUGUUUUAAGGGGAAAAAACGGGAAAAUGAAAUCAACAGAACUUCCUAGCUGCAGGAGUAGAUCAUUAAAGAAUUGAGGAUCCAGAUAUCUUGCGUAAAUUUUAAAUACCUUGGUUUUCUGUUUAUUGUUGAUUUGAUGUUGCCAAUUAAAACUUCUUUAAUUCUCUAGGAGGUUUCAGUUUGGCAUAAUGAGAUUUUUUACACCAUUCUUUUACAGAACACGUAUGUUUGUGCGUUGGAUGAAUGGCACAUGUAUAGAGACUCCGCCCCAGCAUGCUGAAGGUGAAGAUGAACCAGUAGUAUUUAGUUUCUUUACAGACAUCUCAGCCAACCCUGCCAUCAUAGACCUGGUGACAGCAUUAUCUAAGAGUGUACAGAACACUCUGGGGAUGCUUAACAAGUACUUAACGCGCUGGAGGAGGUACCGACUGCUGUGGAAACUUGAUAAGGUUGGUGUUCAUCAGUCCCCGCAAAGAGUUAAGCCAACUGAAGGUGAUACGAUCAUUGUCAUAGGUUGUGUUGACGCUGUACUGGAGAUGUUUUCCUGGUGUCACUAAAAGAUAUCCAGUAUGGGGGGGGGCUCAAGUCGUUCACACAUAUCUGUUGCUAAAUCAGCCUACCUACUUCCACGACGGGCCGAAUAGGUUUUCACACUGCACUAAAGUAUGGCGUAAAACCUAUCUGAUAAGUCACGCUUCUCUUUUGAGAUCGGCGCAGCGCAGCUAAGCUCCGUCACAGAAAUCGCGCCGCCACAAUCGUUCUUGCGUGUAUACUGCAGAUGAGAAGCCCUACCCGAUAUAAUUCUUAUGGCGGCGUAAAAGCUACACAGUACAGUGUGAACAUUGUCUUACAUGGAUCAAGUAAAGUAGCAAGAUGAAAGCACAUUAUUGAGCGGGAGCACGUGGCAAUGCCCCUGCUAACCUCCCUGGAGCCCCCGACAUCAGAUUGGUAAAACUGCUGCAGUCUUGACUUUGUUUUACUCUUGCAUAAAUUAAAUUUAGCCCCUUUUAAACGUACAGCAGAAGAAGUUAUCCUAUUGCAUUUUUUUAAACUCACACUAGUGCUUUGUGGUCUGUUUGAUUCUAUUCGACCGUUUAUUGUCAGAAAAGAUGAAAACCUUUCUCAUUUUCAUACAUUCGCCUGAGAAAACAGCCGACAUUUGACGACGCUACCACUGGUUUCCCCUCGAAAUGACGUCUGAGAAACAAGCGCAGAAAUUCCAGAAUGUUGAAUGUUUUCUCAGGCUAUUUCAUACAUAAAACACAAGUUUUUCUAAGUGACUGUUCCAGUAAUUGUAUGGCUGAAAGAAAUGUCCAGCUUUAUUUUACGUAGGGCUUUUUUGAUUUCUCUAUUACUUUUAACAAAAAAAAUUUCUGCUAACUGUGAUCUUCCGCGCUUAACUUGGCAGAGUAACAUGGUAGAGAAGUUUGCUCAGAAGAAGCCAACUUGUAUCGCUUAUGAUGAAAAGCUUCAGUUCUACUCAAAUCUUGUCAUUGAGGUGAGAGAAGUUGGCAUUUUAGGUAAGUAUGUAUAUACUACUUAAAACCGAAGUAAAGUAAUUACUUUGGCCAAACAUAAAGCAUGGGGUUGCAGUCGAAUGAACCGAUCACACAUUGAAGCAAACGCAAGUAGCGGGCGCCAAAAGUGACAAAACGCUUGCACUAAAGCAAGUCACAACUGGUUGUGUGUUCAGUUCUCAUUAGUUGAGAAAAGGCGCGAGAUAUUUUAGCCAAUCACAGAGCGUAGACUAGUGUCUCAAGACCAAAGAAUUCCCGGAGUUCCUUUCAAGAGUCAAUUGAAGUCGCUCUAAUGUUUGCUUGGAUCAAGUAUAUUUUUAACUAUAUGAUAUUUUUUUCAGGUUGGGAACCAGAUCAUGAUUAAAGACUUAGACUUUGUGCGCCUCAACCUUGAUCCGCUGGCCACAACUAUCCAAGCUAAUGCCAGAGCUUGGGUUAAGGAGCUUGGCAAGUUUUUAAAUGAAUCAGCAAGAGAAGAUCUUAACGCACUCAAAGGAGAAAUUGAGGUAUGAGCAUCCUGUCUGGAGGGCGGCGCUAUUUCUAGAUACUUUAUACGGCUCAAUUAAGGUUUCUGGGAAACUGCCCACCUACCCCUAACCUAACAUUUUGCCCUAAGUGAGAAGUAACUGUUAACGUUGAGUUAGGGGAGGGGUAGGUGGGCAAGUGACGCUACAUGUUUGUGGGAUUCCCGUGGCUAUUUGACCACCUCUUCUCAUUAAUUUAAGCUGAACAACAUUUAUUACUGAAUGGUAGAUGAAAUGCGCACAAAUGCGUGUUUCUCUUCAUCAAUUUCAAUUUCAACAAAUCCCCAUUGAACAAACCAAUCGCUUGUUUAUUAACUGAAAUGGUGUUCACAUAGUACAGCGCGGUGCGAUAAGAUGAAAUGCGACAGCAAAAACAGAAAAAUGCAAUGUUUCUGUACUCAUCAAUUUCAUCCAUAUGCAAAGUCAACGACGCCCACUUUUUCAUCAGAACAUCAUAUUUGAUAUUUUGUACAACAAAUAAGCCAUUGAAAAACCAUAAUAUCAAACCAACUGAAUUCUGAAAAGGUGAAAUAUUGUUUUAAAAGGCGUUGUGUUGAUCGCUUCAUUAAAAUCACACCACCGUUCCGAUUUGUGCCGUCGAUCAAACCCAAAACAAAAACAGAAUAUGUUCAUGUCGCAAAUAGCCGUCAGAAUGACAGCGCGUCGUCCGCCAUUUUGAAAAUCGAAUGGCGGGGAGUUUUAAUGCGCAUUCCAAAGCCCUGUCGCGCGUUGCUCAGAUGGUGGGGAGUGAGUUAAGCCGUACGAGCGGAAGAGAUAGCCGCCCGUUCGUUUUUUUUCGUCGUCAAUUUUUCUCACGCGCUCUACUAUCUGAACGCGUGGAACAGGCUAUUGUUUGGUAGGCCCAGGGUAGGUUAUCGUAAGUUAAACUUCCCUGGGGUUGGAGUUGCAAGCUCGUUUGUAGUCGUUCCAAGAUCUGUAACCUCCUGUGAUUCUAUGGCUUUCAAGUACUGGUAGUAGAUAACAAAACUGCCAUUUUUUCUUUAUCUGCCAUGUUGUUUUUUUUCUUUAGGGGUUAACAGAGGAUCUGAAACGUCCUCCAAACACACUGGAAGACCUGAAGUUUGUGCUGCGUGUGAUUGCAGACAUCAGAGACAAAUCUCUUGAGGUGGAGCUGCGCUACGUGGACUUGCAAGAAAGAUACAGAACCCUACUCAUGUAUGAUAUUGAGGUAAGAAGACAAACUUCUGAGAGAGCUUUGGGUAUGGGAAGAGUUUCAUAUCAGUUAAGUAAAGGGGAACUGUUUUUGAUAACUCCAUUUAGACAUAACUAGACUUGCAAAGUUCACAGAUGCCGCGAUUUUGUCGCUUCUCCUGCGCGCCCCGAAAAUCGCGCUCGAGUCGUGAAUACCAAACCUGACCGUUGAAAUCGCAGGAAAGGGUAACAAAAAUUGAAGUUUUCAAUACAAAAUCACAACCUCUCAUUAACCUUGUUGAUAUUAUUUUUUCGCCCCAUAUGUGUAUGGUGUCGCGCUUUUUUGGCAGGUAAUUUUCGCUCGAAUUCACUACUUACAAAUGUAACGCCGGCUUUGGCAAGACACGCAUAGCAGGAAAUAAUACAAUUAUGGCGAACUCUUCAUGUGUUUGCGUUGGGUUUUCAAAGUAUGCUUUUUGUUUUUGGUUUCUCGACUACAGUCUUUAUCUGAGUGUCAAGAUUUGGCGUUAACCGAAGUAAAGACUAGUCGGGUUUAGUGAGUGCACAGCGGGUAUGAUUUACGCUGUCGUUCUAUAGCCGUACACGCUGAGUACCAGAUUUCUAUUUAGACUUAACAGCACAAUAGUAAUAAAAAAGUGAUUUCAGACAAUUAUUAGCUGAGUUUUGUGAAGGCCUUGGCUGGUAACACUUACCUCUUGCUUGAUUAUUCUGAAUAUCACAAAAACCGAUUCAAAUAUUAACCCUUUAAGCCCCAAUUUCAACAUGUAUAUUCCCCUCACUGUUCUCCUUAUGUUUCUUAUUGUACUGUGUGUGAGAAUUAGUUCAAACAUCAAGACAUUUCGUCAGUGAUGAUCACUUCAUUCAUUCUCUUCAUCUGUACAAUAGACCUUUUUACCGAUACGGCGGCCAUAUUGAAUUAAUUAGUUUUAAGGAGUAUUAUUUCAUACCCAGUGGGCACGAUCCGAUAUACUCGCUCAGUAUUUAAGCUCGCUUUUCGGCUUAAUUUUUCUUUAAGUUUUCCUAGGAAAAAAAAUUGUAAUGGGAAGAAAAGACCGUUGUGCCGUGUUUGGAUUUAAUUAUGAUUGCCUUUUCCCGCGAAAUAUACAUUGAAGUUCUCUUUUUGCCCAAAAAGAGCGUGUAAAUACUGGGCGAGUGCCCCCUGGGCAUCCCAUAAUACUCCUUAAAUCUAAAAAAAUUUAAUAUGGCCGCCGUAUCGGUAAAGAGGUUUAUUGAUCUGGUAGUAAUAUUGUCAGGAGAAAUUUGAUACUGUUCACCACGGGGACCAAACUUAGUUACCAUCCCACGGAACACAGUUUGACAUUGCGCUUAGAAAUCAUGCAUUGCUCGCGCAACCUACAGAUUAGAAGAUAACUGACUUAUCUGUAGGUUGCGCUGAUUUGCAAAAUAAACUGUAGGAUAUUGGCCAGUGAGAAGACAGACUGUGAGUACAGUGUGUAAUAAUGUAAUGAAAUAAAUGUGGUCUUACUUGAAAGGUUCCUGAGGGUGAGUUGGAGUUAUCUACGAACGUAACGCAAGCAUGGGAUGAUCUCUUCUUGGAAUCUCGCCGAGUGGAUGCCAGUUUGGUGUCUGUAAAGAAGAAGUUCACUGAAGUAAGAUUCCUGUUAUGACUCUAUGACUAUAUGACUGUGAUUUCAAUAUGUUGUAAGUUAUAUGAAAAAGUAAGCCACUGAGAAUAAAUUAGUCUUAUUUGAAACUUUAAAUGCCCAAGAACGUAAGUUUGUCUUAAAAAGAUAUACCCUAGUUAGUAAUUACUGGUUUAUAUCUCAUGUGACAUUCAAUUAUCAUCUUAUUUAUAUCGUAUCUAUAUAUUUUAGAUAACUCAAGAGCAAGUGGCUGACUUUUCCACAGACAUAUCUAAAUUUAAAGAGAGCUUCAUAAAUGAAGGACCAAAUUCUAUUGGUACAGACUUAGAUGCAGGUAAUACAGUAUUUUGAAGCUUUCAGACAGUUUAACUCUCAAGAUGCACUGGACUCUAGUUUGGCAAUUUUAAGGGAGCUUAAGCGAUGCACGUCAACCGGAAGUGAAGCCUUCUCUCUUUUUAUAUGCCUUGACGCUAACAAAUUUGUAUUGCUAAGUUUCUUUUCUCUUAUUAAGACGAUUUACCCGAGAGUUUGAACCAAACCACUGCCCGGUGAUUCAAAAAGUCCACUUCCGGUUGACGUCCGUCGCUCAAAAACGCUGUUGCUUAAGCUCCGUAAUGAUUGAUUCCCAGGCCUGAGUUGAGUAUAUUUGGUGAUAUUGUGUUUUUGGGUAAAGGAUUCUCCACUAAUCUUAGUCUGCGAGCAAGCUCUCCAUUCGGGGAAGUCGCGAGAAGUCAUGCGAAAGGAUACGCAAUAUGCUCGUAGGCUACCAUAUUCUCCGCCUAACAUCCUCGAAAGUUUAGCAUUUUGAAUUACUUCUCCAUUUGGUAUUCGACAGGCACGAUGUACGAGGAUUUGGCCAUUAUAUUAAUAUAUAAACAGUGUUUUAGCCUGUAAAUUGCCCUCCAAUUGUUGGGUAUAAAGCCAAAAGGAUAUCUUUUCUCCAUCGGCCACAUUUUAGGGUAGAUAAUGUCACUUUUCCUGCAGUGUUGUAAACCAGAAGUUGAUCGCAAAGACUUUAGAAAUUUAUAGUUAACUGCUCGUAGCAGUUGUGAAUAAAUGUAUUUUUUGGUUGGGUUCUUAACUUCAGUAACUCUCUUCUUUCAGGCGUGGAACUGCUCAAGAAGUUCAAAGAAGAGUUUGCUAAUUUUGAAAAGGAGCGUCAAGAGUUGGCCAAUGCUGAGAAACUGUUUGGUUUAUCCAUCACCUUGUACCCUGAGCUGCUUGAGAUGGAGAAAGAACUGAAGGGAUUGGAUCAGAUUUUCUCAAUCUAUGAGAAUCAGAAAGUAAGGAAAUUUAUAAGGCAAUAAAGAGGAGGCAGCGUGGCUGAGCGGUUAGAACGCUGGACUAGUAAUCCGCAAGCCCAAAAUUCUAGUCCAGCCCUGACCGCUAGCUGGAUUUGUUCAUGGUGGUCCCAAAUAUAAAUCCUCGACCACGCUUGUAAAAUUGCCAUCUGAUUUGUCUGUGGCCAGUUAGGAUUCUUAACCAUGUUAAGUAAAAUACUGCCGAGGGUAAAUAAAGAAAUAUAAAUUUCAUUUUUUAAUUGUAGGUCAUGCUACUGUAGCAACCUCUUUUCUCUCGUAACGAUGUUUCUUUUUAAACAUAAACUUAAAACUGUUAUCAGUAUUUACGGGCCAAAGUGUAAUUGACAAUUGAUUUUUGGCCUUUGAGCAAGCUCUCCUUUCGAGUGCCGAGCGAGUCGCGUUGCUCGCGCGUGACGUCUCCCGAUAUUUCCCUAACGGAGAACUUGCCGGCAGACUAAUUGAUUCCCUCUGAUUCAACAGGCGGCUCGUGAUGAGUGGGCCAACACACUGUGGGCUAAUCUUGAUGUAUCAGUGUUGUCCGACGGCAUUGAUGGCUUUAUAAAACAGCUCAAGAGAUUGCCUAGGGAGGUCAAGGCUCUUCCACUCUGUCAUAUCCUUGAAGAGAAGAUGAAGGAAUUUAAGAACUCUAUUCCACUUUUCUCUGAUUUGAAGAAUGAGGCUCUAAGGGAACGGUCAGUAACACAAUUUACUUGUUCUGUCUAUUUUCUGUUCGAUUUUCAGCUAUGCUUAUUGCGAAGUAUUAGCCGGAAAAAGGCUGUGGUCCAGUUACCGGCUUAAGCAAAGUUAAGGUGGUGUUUAUCAAAACCGUGGUCUUAAACAAAUUUAGUCUGGGCAAUCAUAAUAUUUUGAAAACUUUUUUAACACACAGUGCCAGGAAAGCAUAGAGCACAGAUUGGGGAACACUUCUUCCUUUGUAAGCAAAUUUAGAAGUCCAAAAAUUAAUUGUCCAGAUCCGCGUUCUGAGUUAAAUUACUGGUCCUGCUGAUUUUGCUAAGUCGUUGAAUGUUGUUAACCCUUUAAGACCCGAUAUCAACAUGUACGUUCUCCUGUUUGUUCUUCAUUCAUUUCGUAUGGUACUUCUUGAGAGAACAGUAACCUGUGUAACCGGCGCUUGGAAGUGAUGGGCACAGGAAAGAACAUGGUGCGCAAGAGAGACACGCGUGUCUCCCUCGCGCGCUCUGUUCUUUCCUGCGCCCAUUACUCCCAAGCGCCUGCUACGCAGGCUGUGAGAGAAUUUGUUCAAACUUCAAGACUUUUCAUCUUUGGUGUUUGUUUUAUUCUCAUGACCUGUCUGUUUGAUCUGGCAGUGUUACUGUUGAGAGAAAUUAGUUGCUGAUCACUAUUGGGGCUUCAAGGGCUCAGAGAAUUAAUCCGUUUCUUUUCUCAUUAGUCACUGGAAGAAGCUAAUGGAGAUGACGGGCAUGAAGUUUGACCUCAAUCCCGACACCUUCACCCUCCAAAACAUGUUCGCCAUGGAGCUGCACAAGUUUCAGGAUGUUAUCGGUGACAUCACUGCUAGUGCCACAAAGGAGCUUGGCAUCGAGAAAGGCAUCAGUGAAGUGUCUGACACCUGGGGUACUAUGAAAUUCACGGUAUCCAAAUUCAUGAAGGGAACACAAGAAAGAGGCUUCAUCUUGGGAUCUGUCGAUGAAAUCCUGCAGAUUCUGGAUGAUAAUGCAAUGAAUCUACAAAGCAUGUCCGCCUCAAGGUUUGUUGGUCCUUUCUUGGAAACGGUAAACAAGUGGGAGAAAAGCCUGUCACAUAUUGGAGAGGUUGUCGAGGUGAGAAUGAUACUGCUUGCUCAUUAAGCUAGUUAUAGUAUAGGUUAAUUUCGAGAUCCAGAAACUCUUACUGUCAAAUCGAGAAUAAGUGCAAAACAUUUCUUGUGGAAAUGAGUUUUAUCUGCAUGAGAAUACAAAAUCUUUUUCGUACCAAUGGCUUCAAACUUACCCUUGCUUUGAAACAGAGGUUGGGGCAAUACAUUUGUUAUUCAAUAAAGGUUGCUUUGGCAAUAGGACAUUGGGCAUUUGGGCAUAGGGAACUCAUUGCAAUGAUUUGCUGAACUCUUUAAGCCGUGAUAUCCACUUACAAUACCUCUACACUGAUCUCCAAACAUUUUCUUAAAUAAUUAGUUGAAAGAAUUUGAUAAAAGAUGAAAGCAUGCUUAUGUAGGUGAUCAUUUUAUUGAUUCUCGUUACCUUUCCUCUUGAUCAAGUAGUGGUAUUAUUAGGAGAAGAUUGAUGUGGAUAACUCUUAUUGGGACUUAAAGGGUUAAAUGUCCGCCACACAAUAGCCUCCCAGUGCGCAGUUGCCCAAUGCCCAAAGCAUCCUGGGAACGAGGUUGAAAGCAACUUUUCAUUUAAUCGGGUGUAUGAGUCAGAGUAUUUUCUCCAGUGAAUUUUAUCAUCGUCUCAAUUGUUAUGUAUAUUUAUAUCAGAACAUUGCUCACAGGUGUUCCAUACACCCUCAUUCAAUUGAUGCUUGUGUUGUUUUUAGGUGUGGAUGGUUGUGCAAAGAAAGUGGAUGUAUCUAGAAAGCAUUUUCAUUGGCGGAGAUAUCAGAGCACAGCUGCCAGAAGAGGCCAAGAAAUUCGACGACAUUGAUAAAACUUUCAAGAAGGUAGAAUAAUUGAAUUUUGUCUUUUUCAGUCCAUUCAUUUUCACGAAUUAAUCAGCCUGUCCCAGGCGUUUAGAUAGAGGGGGAGGGGAGGGGGGAGAACUUUCAUCCCUUACCCCACCCCCUUGCUGUUUUUCUUGCUCACAUUUCUUUGCGCCGUCCCCACAAACUGAAUACCUGGAACAGGCUACACUUACUUCGGCAGCUUCCUAUACUCUAUGUCCAUAUUUCAAUAAUGUACACCGCAUCUCUUUCAGAUCAUGAAUGACACAGCCAAGAAUCCCAAAGUGUUGGAAGCUUGUCACGCCGCCAGUCGUCUGGAACAACUUCAGAUGUUAGUCACCGGUUUGGAAAAGUGUCAGAAGAGUUUGAAUGAUUACCUGGACUCUAAGAGGAAUGCCUUUCCACGGUUCUUCUUUAUCUCUGAUGAUGAACUGCUUUCUAUUCUGGGAAGCCAUGAUCCACAGUGCGUGCAAGAACACAUGAUCAAGGUAUUUUAUCAUGCUCCUUUGAUAACUGUAUCUAGUAUUAGAACGAAAAUUAAUGUUUUUCCGACUCUCGCGUGUGUGAAAAUGCCUCCUGAAAUGCUAAGAAUUGUGUUCGCCUGGUAACUCUGCUUGUUAACUGAAUAAACAAGAGAAGUUUGGUGUAGUAAACAAGUGAAAUUUAGCUUUCUUAUAGCGUUUUCAAAUAAGAAUUAUGACACGUAAACGAGCUAUUAUCAAUUUGGCCUUCAUCUAAGCUUCCCCAAGAACAGGACAAAUUGCCGGUUUAUGUCUCUUGUUGUUUGCUAUGGAGUCUGCUCCAGGCACAAGUUGUACGAAAGGUGUGUACUGUUAUCCGUUGAAUAAAUAAAGUACUCGCGUCCCAUCAAUUUUUCCCGAAUUCAUUUCCCAGCGUGGACGUCAUAUGUGGGUUGAGUUUGUGGUUGGUUCUAUCCUUUGCCCGAAGAGGUGUUUCUUGGGGUACUCCGGUUUUCAAAAAACAACAUUUCCAAAUUCCAAUUCGACCAGGAAUCAGGUAUACGGAGAACCACUAGGUCAGUGAAUGUGCUACCUCUAAAUCGCUAUUUACCUAUUUAUUUAUUAAUAUCAUUUUACAUGUUUGUUUAUUUAUGUGCUGGAUUGUAAUUUAACUGGUGGAUAGCGCUAUCCAACUUCCGAACAAUCUGGCUGAUUCAAGAGUAACACAAAACAAAAUAAAAACUGAUCAACGUUAUGAUAGCUCGUUUCGGUCAGCACAGGAGACAAACCCCGGCUGAUACUCUCGAUCUGUUCAUUUAUUGUUUAGAUGUUUGACAACAUCGCCAAGCUUCGGUUUGAAGAAGGCACUGGCCAGGAGAUUCUGGCCGGCGCUAUGAUCAGUGGUGAAGGAGAGGUGAUGGACUUCAGACAGCCAGUGGCUGCCGAGGGGCGGGUGGAGGAUUGGAUGACAAAUGUGCUGAAUGAGAUGAGGAGGACCAACAGGCUCAUCACCAAGGAAGCCAUCUAUAAAUAUGGUGGAGACAUGCCGAGGUAGACAAUACUGUACUAAGGAAAGCUACAAAGCUUAACAAGACCCACUCUGUAAUACAGCUGUCUUGUUACCUCAGUUGAUCUGAUACCAGUCUUCAGAGCGGUAGGCCCAACCAAUUACGAUCACUGUUUUCCGUGCUAAAUCGUGAACAGCAAUUCUCGGCAACGUUCACUUUUAAAGCCUUGGAGGAAAAUGAGUUCUCUUCAACAACAUCUUCCACUAAAGAAGCCACAAUUUCGAACGCCUGCAACCCAGGGGUUUUAAGAAACCUUGCGCCUGGUGCUGAGGCAACCUCGUUAAGGCUGCUGCAACCUUUGCCCUCUCCCCCCUUCUUAGUACGUUCUCAGUCACGCCAAACGCCACAGCGAUGAAUUGCAUUCAACAAGAUAAAAUAAACUAUCUUCGCUCAAUGCAAUCCACUCAUUUUCGAUUUUCAGGAUCGACUGGAUGAUGGCUUAUCAAGGUAUGGUUGUACUAGCUGGAAACCAAGUCUGGUGGACUUGGGAGGUGGAAGAUGUGUUCCGUAAAGUAAAGAAGGGCGACAAAAUGGGCAUGAAAAACUACGCCAGAAAGAUGCACAGACAGAUCAGUGACCUUGUGACGAAGGUUUGUUAAUAAUGUUAUCGGGAGAGCCUUCCUUUGAAAACAUCUGCGUGGGAUGCUAUUAGUUAGACACACUGCUAGUGGGUCUGACGAAAAGAGCGGGAAGAUAGUUUGGAUAUCCGAAAUUGGGAUUGCUGAGCUUAUUUCAGUAAAGUAUUACACCAUAUCUUAAUGCUUGGAUAUUCUAAUUGGACAUUCGUCCUCGUGUUUGACUGACAAGGUCCUUUCUUUCCGGGAAGCUAUAGUGGCGCCUCCCACCAGUGUGGCUUAGGUUCGAAUCGCAGAGGCUACAACAUAAGUGGGUUGUAUCUUUUGUUGAUUCUCGUCCUUGCUCUUUGAAGUUUUUGUUUGGAUACUCGAUGUUUCCCUCUCCUCAGUAGUCAACACUUUCUAAAUUGCAACUCGAUCUGGAACGUACGAAGACUUGGCUCCUAAUGGUUUUCUGUAGGUAAACAAAUUACAGCAGUGGUGGAUCCAGGGGAGGCCCUGGCCCCUAAUUUUUAGACCAAAUUGAGACCCAAAGGGCCCGAAAAACGUUUUUUCAGACCCCGCACUGUACAGUUCCUUUUACUUCAAGUGCUUCCAAGGGUUGGUUGAAGGUGUAGUUAAAUUAAAAAACGCAUUGUUUGUUUACGACACAGGUUCGUGAACCAGCCUUGACUAAGAAUGACCGCAAGAAGUUCAACACGGUGUUGAUUAUUGAAGUUCACGCCCGAGACAUCAUCGACAGUUUUGUUCGAGACAGGUGUGUAUGCAUUAGUGUCAGACGGCCCAGUCCACAGGUGACUUUACGUCCACACUAAAACGAUCAUUAGGAAGUUUUACGAAAGCGGAGAUUUUCGGAAACGUUUUGGAAAGUGGAGUCUUUAAAAAAGGGAGGUCUGUCUUCUCAGUAUGGAGACGAACGAAAACGCUGAUAAAAAACGGAGGUCUGUCUUCUCAGUGUGGAGACGAACGAAAACGGAGGUUUUCGAAAACGCUGACAACUGAGUAUUCAUGCAUGACGUUUUUACUAGCUUUAAAAAUGGCUGGAAAAAAACGAGAGUGUCGAAUGUCGUAGUAUCGCUGGCGUUAUUGAUCUAAGUGCACUGAGAAGUGGACACUUCCUGGAAUUACCCGGGUAAGAAACCUUUCGAUAUUUCGGAAAUACGUUUUCGAUGCUAAGUGUGGACCACAGAAAACACUGAUAUGGGUGCGGAGUUUUCCAUGCGGUUUGCUAACGCGGCCAGUAUCCUAAUGUUGAGCUUUGCAAAGUCCAAUCGCAACGCAAGUGGAAAGCAGGUGAAUUUUUAGUUCGUAAUAUACUCGAAGAUGACGAGGAAUUGAAUAUGUGUAAACUGGCAGCAAGACAAGUAAAUGAUUAAUGUAAUCCAUAAAGUUACAGUUGUUAGCGACAUGUUUGUUCAGUGUUGAAAAUUCAUGAUUGUGUUUUCUUGUAGUAUAAUGGACACUCGUGAAUUUGAGUGGGAGAGUCAGUUGAGGUUCUAUUGGGACCAGCUACCUGAUGAGUUGAUGGUGCGUCAGUGCACAGGAGAGUUUGGAUACGGAUACGAGUACAUGGGACUGAAUGGCAGACUAGUUAUCACUCCUCUGACUGACAGAAUCUACCUCACUAUCUCACAGGUAAAAGAUGCUAGAGCAGGAAGCUUAAGGAAGGGCAUUUUAGAGCGACGGCACGCACGCCAGCCGGAAGUGGACUUUUUGCAUUCUUCCCAAACUUCCGGGUAAAUCGUCUCCAUGAGAGUAAAGAAAUUUAGUAAAACAAAUUUGGUAGCAUCAAGGCACAUAAAAAGGGAAAAAGCCUGACACUUCCGGUUGCCGUGCGUCACUCAAAAUAGCCGUAGUUUGAGCUCCCUGCGGAUGGUUGGGCUGUGAUUGCAAGAUUCACUGACUGAGAGCAUGAGUGCGAGUUUGAUGAUUCCAAUGCUAACUGAAUUAUUUCAUGUGUUAUAUUAGGCCUUGUCCAUGUACCUUGGCGGUGCCCCUGCAGGACCCGCUGGUACAGGAAAAACCGAGACAGUCAAGGAUCUGGCCAAAGCUUUAGGAUUAUUGUGUGUCGUUACCAACUGUGGAGAGGGCAUGGACUACAAGGUGAAUGACAAUUGACAAACCAAUGAAGAUUGUGUGACAGUGAAUAUGCGUGACAUGAUACUAAUUCAUGAUGUAGUUGUGCCUGACUUAACUGGCAUCGCCUAUCAUUUUUUUACGACGACUGCUUUCUAAACAAAUUUCUUUCGACCGGAAAACAUUCAGCCAUGUCCUCAUCCGAGAUGAGGUUGUUUAUGGCACUAGAUUUUUAUGCCCGUUGGGUGGUCGCACUAACGGACUUUCAUUAUGUCUUUUUUUUCUGCGUUUGUUUGUCCCCAGUCUAUUGGCAAAAUCUUCUCGGGCCUAGCACAGUGUGGCGCCUGGGGUUGUUUUGAUGAGUUCAACCGUAUUGACGUUUCUGUGUUGUCUGUCAUCUCUACUCAAAUCAAAACACUGCAAAACUCACUCAGCAACCACCUCAAGAGACUACAGGUAACACCUCUGUUUAUUCUUUUGCUCUGUGUGUGGCAUGUAAAGUAGCCUCCCACGCAGACGUUCUUAGGGGUUCGUCACGCGUUCCUGCCGCACGAACAGGAAUGCAUGACGACCCCAUAAGACUGCGUGGGAAGCUACAUGUAAUGUGGAUCAAACUGUUUGUGGAUGUAAACUUGGGCGUGGCUUUUAGAUGGAACCUUUCGCGUAGUGCGUUAGUGUGGUUUAUUUCCCCAAGCACUAUCCACCAUCUAAUUAAACAAUUUUCUUGAUUUUGUCCUUUUUGCGAGUGAUUAUCUGUGGGUUUAUCUCAUCGUUUCCAAGCAAGUUUUCGAACUGUCUCAGUCACCAAAAGAGGAGGCUUACUACUAGAAAACGUUGCUCUUUAAAAUUCACAAACGUUCUUGCGAACGCGGACGUAUUUCCGGUAGUCGCUUCUCUCUACCCGAGAAGCGACGACCGGAAAUACGUCCGCGUUCGCAGGCUACGGUAUCAUCAGAAAUGUUGCAAAACUUCUUGCUAACCAGAUUGGGAUGCUGCUGUUUAGAAUGUUACUCUAAGCGUCUGGUUUACGAUUUUCAAUCUCAUCAGUUGGCUGAUGGAGAAGGUACCAGAGCAGGUCUAAUGUUUCUUUCUCCCCGGGUAGAGUGAAAAUUUCAAAUGCGCAAUUCGUCUUACAAGACCUCGCAAAAACCACGGACUGUUUUAUUAGACAUUCUCGAACCCGUUUUCUCCUAACAAGUAUGCAUUUCAUUUAUCAGUUUGAAGGUACCGAGAUAGCAUUAGAUGGUCGCAUGGGGAUUUUCAUCACCAUGAACCCUGGUUAUGCAGGCCGUACAGAGCUCCCUGAGAGUGUCAAAGCUCUCUUCAGACCUGUAGUGUGUAUUGUUCCUGAUUUACAACAGAUCUGCGAGAUCAUGCUUUUCUCUGAAGGAUUCUUAAUGGCUAAGGUAAUCAGCGUAAGGAGUUAGUUCAGCAUUUCUGAAAGGGGUGAGGAAGCGCAAUUUUAGGUAAAUUUCAGCACUUUACUGAAAUAUCGAGAUGACAGGUUGGAACUGUAAAAGAACACAAAAAUGCAAAAUGCAAAAGGGGGCACGGCUGUUUGACAUGGGAAAAUUUAAGCAGAUUUUAGUUAAGCGAACUUGAAAAACAUUGGCCCGAUCUUAUGAUAUUAAGGAAUUAUUAUUAUUAUUAUUAUUAUUAUUAUUAUUAUUGUUAUUAUUAAUUAAUUAAUUUUUUAUUUGUCCCUGUUUUUUGUCAAUAAAAGGUAGAUCACAGUUCGCAAUCAACGAAAAUAAUAUCAAUUAUCGAACGUAUCGUGACCUGGCCCUUUCAAGGCAGCUACAAUGACAACGAUCUUUGUUCGCUAAAUGGCCCUCUUUGAAAGGAAGUUCCUUGAUACCUAGUUGUGCUUGCAGGUUCUGGCCAAAAAGAUGACAGUUCUGUACAAGCUGGCAUCCGGACAGCUAUCCAAGCAGUCUCAUUACGAUUUUGGUCUCCGUGCAUUAAAGGCUGUUUUAGUGAUGGCAGGAGAGCUGAAGAGAGGUUCCCCUGAUUUGAACGAGGCGAGUUUUACCCUUUAAAAGCCACUAAUAGUGAUCAGCAUCAAAUUUCUCCUUGUAAUAUCAAUGCUUUUAAAACAGACAUGUGAUAAGAAUUUAGGACAUGAUCACAUAUGAUGAAUCUAACUGAUUCUUCGACAACUUCUCUCCACUACUACUGUAGGAAACUUACAGGGACAAGUGAGAAUUUGAAUGUUGAUAUUAGGGUUUUAAGGGUUAAGUAGUAGACCAGUUACAAACUGUUGUAGAUCUACUUGUCAGAACUAUUUUCUAAUCACACUUGUUUAGGAACACCUUUUGAGCAGGCAGCAAAAGUUUUGGUGUAAUAACAGUGCAUCUCUCCCUUUGACGGAUGCAGUGUUGAUGCAUUUCGUGACGUGACAUUAACAAUAGUUUUAGUGUAACAGUAUUUUAUCUCUUCGCGUAGGAUUUAGUGUUGACGCAAGCGUUUCGUGACAACAAUUUUGCUGAUUGCAAAGUUUCGUGACAUAAAAUUUCCAACAGUUUUGGUGUAACAGUUUUAUAUUUCCUCCUUUAGGAUGUAGUGUUGAUGCGAGCGUUGCGUGACAUGAAUUUACCCAAGUUUGUGUUUGAAGACGUACCACUCUUCCUUGGCCUCAUAGCUGACUUGUUCCCAGGCCUCGACUGCCCGAGGGUUCGCUACCCAAAUUUUAAUGAUGCUGUGGAAGCGGUUCUACAAGACAACAAAUAUAUACUACUUCCCCAUCAGGUAUUUCAGAAGAAUUUUUACAUAAUAAUACAUCCAAGAGAGUACCUUAGUUAGACAGACAACAGCAAGAACAAUAAGACAAACAAACAAACUGCACUUUGUAAUGUGCGGCAUAACAAACGACACCAGAAAUUUUUGGUCACCAAAUUAUAUUUUUGAUAGUCAGAAGAUUUCAUCCAGAUCAAUUCUGGACGUCUAACGCCGCGGUCCAUAGUCCGAAACUUUGUAGAACUCGACACUUGUUAACACUUAGCAGCAAAUGUUUCGUUCAAAACCCUCAUUUACAAGCAUGAGAUCCUGCUAAAAGAGCUAAUAUUUUUAAAAAAAUAAGUUGUUAUUUUGUCAUUUGUAGUGUGUAUGACGAUGAUUCCUUUUCUUUCAUUUCCGAAGCUGUUAUAAAACAUUGUGCGACGAUACUGUUCACACUUACUUAGAAGAUUUUAUGUGUGAUUGUUUUACAGGCUGACAAAGUUGUUCAGAUGUACGAGACCAUGUUGACGCGUCACACAACCAUGAUCGUUGGUCCGACCGGCGGAGGAAAGACUGUUGUUAUCAAUACCUUGGCACAGGCGCAGACACGGUAAGAUUGCCUGUCCACACCCACCUUCCACUAAUCGGAACGAUAACGUUUUGUUAAGAACUUAAAGGAAUUAUGCUAUUGGUGCACAUAAUGCUUAUUAGUGUCAGGAUGUAAAGAGGUAGUCUGCUACACAGCCGUUUUUAGUGUCGUCACGCAACGCUCCUCCCUCACAGUGAGGAGGAGCGUUGCGUGACGACUCCAAAAACGGCUGUGUAGCAGACUAGUAAAGAGGAAAAAGUAAUUGCAAAACUAAGAACAACGGAGCUGCCGUGCCACAGCCUCUCCGGUCACCCAAUCCCUUCUAGUUUCUAAAGGCAGCGCUACCUUGGAAAGGUCCUGGUGAAGAGGACAGUACUGUUAGAAGGUCUCAGUUGUUACUUGUCAUGUGCACUUGUUUGUUCAGUAUGUUUUGGCUUCACUGUCAAACAAAAUUUGCCUUAUGUUCCCUGCUAGUGUUUUACAGUUAAACCUCUUAAGUUGCGCAAUCCAGGAGGCAGGUAGACUGGUUUCUGUGUUAUAAAUGGGGCCUGGAAUUUUCUGUUAAAGGCUCUCUCGGUAUCUACUUGUUCGUAGUAAAAGACUCGUCUCUAGUUUGUAUUUGCUUAUGGAGUCAGCCAUUUCAAGUUGAAGAAAAAUUUAGGCGGUUUAAUCUGCAUCCAAAGCGUAAAGGAGUAGCUGGCCUGCUCAGCUUUAAUUUGAAUUUACUGUCUAAAGGCUGAGACCUUUCAGAAAGACUUCUUCCCAAGGAUAUCCAGCUUUGAGUUGACUUUCUGUGUUUCUUUUCUGUUUUUCAGCCUGGGUAUGUCCACUAAACUGUAUUUGAUGAAUGCCAAGGCCUGUACAGUGGUAGAGCUGUACGGAACAUUGGAUCCAGUAACUCGGGACUGGACUGAUGGAUUACUAUCCUGCAUCUUCCGUGAGAUCAAUAAACCAACCGACAAAAACGAACGGAAGUAUAUUGUGUUUGAUGGCGAUGUUGACGCCUUAUGGGUUGAAAACAUGAAUUCUGUCAUGGACGACAACAGGCUGUUGACGCUGGCUAAUGGCGAGAGAAUUCGGCUGCAGAAACACUGUGCUUUGUUGUUUGAGGUAUGACUGUAAACUUAACGAGCCAUUUUUAUUCGACCGAGAAAAGUGGUUUCCCAACUGUUUGAAAGUGGCUGAAAGGAUCAACACGAACUCUGCUCGAUUUUCUGCGAAAAUUGAAUAAUUAAUGAGGAUGGUACUCCUAACACAGAAUUAUUUUAGCAAGGACAACUGCAGCAGCGAUAGUUGUAUAUUAGGCUGAAAAUAGAACAAUUGAACUCUUUGUGGUAAUUUUAGAUUAUUGCGUCAAUUCUUCCUUUUCAUCCCAGUGAUCCUUGCUAAAAUUUACAUUUGCCAAAUGGUCAAACAUCACGCAAAAAUAACCUACGUUUCGCAGACCUUCCCGUAAUGCGCAGAGUGUACAAUAACAACGCCCACAACGCCUUUUACUGUUGCGGACACCUCCACAAAAGGGACGCUUCCCUAUCAGAAGCCUAAAAAAUCAGCCAUCCCUUCCCCAAACCAACGGGACGCGCGGUGGGUUAGGUGGAGAAGGACAGCUGACAUUUCAGUGGAGGUUUGACUGUAUUUUAUCGUUACCACCCUGUUGCCCUUUGGCUUGCUUGUUUCUUAAGUUAACCAAAGGUCGGGAACAUGAAAGGGAAUCUUUUGUAAUUAAACACAGACCUUACAGGGUUCAACUAUCUCCUCAGGUUGCAGAUCUCCGCUACGCGUCCCCAGCUACUGUAUCGCGGUGUGGUAUGGUGUACGUGGAUCCCAAGAACCUGGGAUAUAACCCUUACUGGGAGAAGUGGUGUAAUGCUCGUGGAAGCGAUAAGGAGAGGGAGGAGCUCAACAGACUGUUUGAGAAAUAUGUACCACCCUGUAUAGACCUCAUACUUGAAGGAAUCGUCGAGGGAAAGAUAGGAAAGAAGUUAAAAACUAUCAUCCCUCUCACCAAUCUGAACAUGGUAAGUGAGUGAAUGGGACUGCUUUGAAAUUUUCAUCGAUUUAUGUGAAAAUAAAAAGAGAAAAUUUCCAUAUUUGUAUUCUACUAGAGGUAAUCAUUGAUUACAGAUCCGCGUUCGCCACUUUAAUGCGGAAACGAAAUCGAAUCACAGGAACACCAGAUUAGGAGGCGUUCUGACGAACGCGAUUGUUAAAAUGUUAGGCACGCAAAGACUAAUCGAGGCCAAUAUUGUGGCCUACAGGAAAAUCGGGAUGAAAAUUGAUGAGAAAUAAUAGCAGAUAAUGACAGUCAUAAGAAGGAACUGAAUUUCGUGAACGGUUACUUUCUACAGGACCGUGUCGUGUUUGUUUGUUUGUUUGUUUGUUUUGCUUUUGUGCUGUUGCUUUCUCCAACUAAAAGUGGAUGAAGGACGAAUAUAAGGGCUUACAUCGAAACAUAAUUUCUUUUAUUCUAGAAUAGGUGUAUCUGCUUGUAGGCUUACCCUCUUGAUCGACUGAAAGACAUUCCCGGCACAGGUUGUUUUCUAGGCUGUCUGAUCGGCGUGUCUUUGCUGUGGUUUAUUAACAUACAAAUUAUCUUGAGAAGGCAUAUUAAUACGAACAAAUCUUCAAAAUUUGAAUGAGCUGUUACAUUAAGAACACUUAAACCACGUUUACAUGGUUGGGACUGCGCUACAAAGCUGAGCUCCAGUUUAAGUGUUACCUGGAGAUAGUCAAUAGAGGUGGACACUACUAAAGAUUGUCACGUCCCUCGUGAUUUUUUUCGUCCCACGGUUGUUUUAAGGUCUUAACUUGCCAUGUGUCCAUCAAAGAGUAUACGGCAUGUCGAGUUCUUUUUUAGAGAAGCUCUUUUAAUAUUCGAUUGCUAUUUUUCAAGACAUGAAUGAUGAACUUACAUCUGUGAGGAAGAAUAUGUAGACAAAGAUAACCACUGACAAGUUUGAUUAUUUCCGUUGUCAGGUUGUUCAGUUGUCCCAGAUGCUGGAUGCGCUGCUUCCCCCUGCAGAAAGUGCGAACUUCCUUGGUUCUGAGACAACAGAGGCCAUAUUCAUAUCUGCAUUAACCUGGUCUUUAGGGGGAGGCCUGCUCGAGAAUGGGCGGACUGUGUUUGAUGGGUUUGUCAAAAGAAUUGCUACUUUGCCUCAGAAUCCUGCUGAGGGGUCUGUUGUUGGACCAGGUAUGAUUUCGUUUGUGUUGUUGACAAGGCGGUUAUGCUGUUUUGCAUGUGACGUGUUGCAGGGACACCAACAUGCCAUUUGAUGCAAAGCUGUAUAAAUUCAGGUUAAAUAUCUCGAAUACCUUACGCGCGAAAAAACACCCUCACACAAAGAUCUGAAUCUCGGCGAAACUGUUUGCAAUUUUGGUCUUUCAUGUCUCAGAUUCUUCUUUAACUGGUUUCGAGUUUUUGUUGCCGUGAUAGUGAAACCCACUUCAUUUUCUCCUAAGUGAACUGGAACUAGCGUGAAGUGGAGACUAUUACGGAUGAAUACCCAGCGUGAGCCUCGACUAUUUUCCAGUUACAGUUUUUUACCGAGAAUGAAAUUGAAAAAUAAAGUGACAAUACCCAGGCUACUACACAGUGACUGAGGAAUAACUUCAGUUUCUAUGCUAAGUGAUUUUGCAGCAUAGUCUCAUAAAACCCCCUCAACUUUCUUCGGAUCAAUCUAGGUUUCUGGGAAACUGCCGUCCUACCCCUCCCCUAACCCAAAAUUAACACUUCUCAUUUAGGGCAAAAUGUUGGCUUAGGGGAGGGGUAGGUGGACAGUUUCCCAGAAACCUAAAUUUAUCCCUUUCUUCUUUGUAUUCGCUAACUCAGUCCACGUUCCCUGUCUGCUUAGGUGAGAUUCCUAGCGCCCAGUCCACGUUAUUCGAAUAUUUCUUUGACUCGAAGAAGCUUCUCUGGGUCCCCUGGGUGGACGUAAUCCCGGAGUAUGUUCACGACCCCGAAAAAAAGUUCUCUGAGAUUUUGGUUCCAACUGUGGACACUGUGAGGACAACGUGGCUGCUGGAACUGAUGGUCAGGAUUAAGAGGCCGGUGGUACUCGUGGGAGAGACUGGUACUUCUAAGUCUGCAACCACCGCUAACUUUCUAAGGAGUCUCGACAAGGAUUCUACGGUAUGUUAUCAGGGACUCAAGGUUUUUGCUACAUCUAUGAAAAUUGUCUUUGUCCGAAUAGCAGCUCUGGAACUUAAUAAUAGUUGUCCACCUUAUUCCUCGUAUGUUAAGCGCUUUAUUAUCUAUCUUUAAAGGAGCUAUGUCACGCUGUUGGCUAUCUGUUUUUAUUAAAAACUGAAUCAUUGGAUAAUGCAUUUCUAGAGCUCUGAUUGGCUUAGCCAUCAUGGUAUAUGAGCCAUUAUACCGUGCUCUCCAAAUAUGAUAACUGUACGCGUCUGCUCAAAAUUGAAAACAAGCUGAAAAAAAUCGGUUGUUUUGCAAAUAUAGUAAGGAAAAAUUCUCGAUAUUUUUUUGGGCGUUUUUAAUAAAACAAUUAUUCCACUCGCGCUUGUUGGAUGUGAGAUGCCUAUCGGUUGUUGGCUAACGAUCGUCAGUUUUUUGUUAUUUACAUAAACUCAUUUCUUGUUGACUUUAUUUGUCCCUCCUGACUCACAGCUCCUGCUUAAUAUCAACUUCUCUUCGCGAACAACUUCCAUGGACGUACAAAGGAACCUUGAGGCCAACGUAGAAAAGAGGACAAAAGACACUUACGGUCCCCCUAUGGGGAAGAGAUUGCUAGUGUUCAUGGAUGACAUGAAUAUGCCACAGGUGGAUGAGUAUGGCACACAGCAGCCAAUAGCAUUACUGAAGCUACUGCUAGAGAAGGGAGGCAUGUACGACAGGGGCAAGGAACUCAACUUAAAGAAUUACCGGGAUAUCGGCUUUGUGGCUGCCAUGGGAAAGGUACGGAGUGUUUAGCACGUUUGCAUGCACGCAAGCUACUAGGACGUGAGGUCACCAUUUCCCUGCUUUUUGACACACACUGAAGGCUUUCAGCGUUUGAUUACAUGAGCUGCGCUAGCCCGGUUGCUCGUGAAUUAAAAACAACAAAAAUCAACUUCUUGACCGACCAACGAGCCUGCUUGUUAGCCAGGAUAUACAGGGAUCGCGGCCUCUUUCUCUUUUACUAAGCAAAUCAAAGUUUUUUCACCAUUUUACACCGCUUGCAAAAAAAACAAACAAAAAAAACAAACAGGACCGUGGGGAAACAGAUCCUCAAUAGCUUAUAAUCUGAAAUUAAUGGACCAUUGUUCAAAAGUCAGAUUUGGUGCCUCCAUGACGCUGGUGUCUUUCCUAAUUCUCCAAAAAUUAAUGCUUUCUGUUACAGUCAAACCAGGUUUACCAUUGUUCAUUUAAGAUUUCAUUUGUUGAUUCAAUAAUUUUGAACAAUCCCAUAUCCAUUCAAUAAUCGAAUGUUGAUUCGAUUACUGUUUUUUUACACUUUAAAUUCCUCCUUUUUUUCUGAAAGUUCUGAGUUCAAACCAAACAAACUGUUACAUGUACGCCAGUUUGCAAUUUCAGUGCAACAGACCUAGGCCUGUUGAGGUCGGUGUAAAUUUGGAUUUCGUUCGUUUGUCAGUUUCUUUUGCGUUUGCGGUCUGUCUUUCUAGUUUAUUUUGAUUAAAGGCAUGAAAAAACAUCUAAACAUUGAACAACAGACAUGUUCAACAAACCUAUUUGAUUAUUGAAUCGAGGUACUUUGACCGUUGAAUUAUUCAUUUUAUGAAUGGAUUUGAAAACAAACUAAUUUUUUUCCAUUAAUGAAUUCUGGUGGUGGUUUGACUGUAAAAUUUGUUGUUCGUUGUGAAGAAAUAAAUGCUUGUUCAUGAAACAUCUCAUUACAACGCAUGUUCAACAAGCCUACGCCUUUCCUCUAACUUAGUUUUGAAACCUAUUUUUAGCCUGGUGGUGGUCGCAAUGAAGUGGACCCGCGCUUCAUCUCUCUCUUCAGUGUUUUCAACGUCACCUUCCCGUCACAGGAAUCACUUACCAAAAUCUACUUCUCGAUUCUGAACGGCCAUUUGGAGCCAUUCAAAAAGGAGGUUAGAGAGCUGGCCUCAAAAAUCACGUCUGCAACUCUGGAGUUAUAUAACAAGAUCAUACAGAACCUGCCACCCACCCCUUCCAAGUUCCACUACAUCUUCAAUCUGCGUGACUUAUCCCGUAUCACCCAGGGACUAUGCCUAAGCACGCCCGACAGGUUUGAUAAUCCUGGACAGUUUGUUCGACUGUGGAAGAACGAGUGUCUCAGAGUGUUUUACGACCGUCUGAUCAGUUCGUCAGAUAAGAAGAUCGUCAAUGUAAGUUUUGACUAGCAUUUUGUUUUUCAAAGGAAAACAUGCCCUGUUACAAAAGACAAGUUUCUCGUCAAAUGUCGUUUUGUGAUUGGCUUAAAAAUGUAGCGCAAGGUGAAGGUUAUUUCGCAUAUACAACAUUUCGCAUAUAAAGGCUACGUUCACCGGACGAAUUUCCGACCCGCUGGAAAAUUUGAUAGGACGGUUCGUUCACCAAAACCGUUCAAUAUUUUCCCACUGUUCACACGGAGCUGCCGAAAUAGAUUACAGUUUUGAGCGCUGCUUUGGCAAAUCCAAAGUGGCGUCUCCCAACUGAGUUACCAACAUCGAUAUGCAACCACGCCUUCGCUUAAAACGGCUUUGCCAUUCCACCAGAAAAAUUUUUGACCGUACAGCGUAGUGGCUAAAAAGUUUCAACUCUAUUUUGGUGUUCAAAUUUUUCACGGCUAUUCGUUAAAAAUUUCGUAGGGUUAGGGUGUGAAGAGCACACCUAAACGCACGAAUUUUUAACUGUCGAAAAUUCGGGAUCCUCAUACGUUUCUGGGAAACUUCCUACCUACCCGUCCCCUAAGCCAACAUUUUGACCUAAUUAAGAGUACGUGUUAAUGUUGGCAUAAGGGAGGGGUAGGUGGGCAGUUUCCCAGAAACGUAUAAGGUGCCGUAUAAACGUGUAGCAUGAGUUUUACAAUUUUGUCGAUUGUAAUCUAUGCUAACCAAUGUUAAUCUUUGCUUAUCUCCCCCUUUCUAAACCAUCCUUAAUUCUUUUUAGUUUACCCCUAAGGUAUUUUCUGUUUACCAAACUAUAUUAUAUGCUUUACUCUCAUUUCUCAGGGUUACGUCAACGAGCUGGUCGAGCAGAACUUUACAAACCACCUGGACUUAGUCAACAGAGAGCCGAUACUGUUUGGGGAUUAUCGUAACGCAUUAACUGAAGACCCACGUUUGUACGAAGACAUUGUGGAUUAUGAAGCUGCUAAGGCUGUGUUUGAUGAGGUUAGGGUGGACUUGUUCUCAUUAUUGGCUUCUUGUUCUUGACUUUUUUAGGCUCGACUACCAGCCGCUUUUCGGGAAAUAUACUCGCGCUCGUCCCCCGAAAAGACGGCUGGACGUGUGGGUUUGCUCUUGUUGAUUUCCACCUAUCAGAUCUUUAGCACGCAGCGUAAGUUAAUUCCUCUGGAGCAGAUUUCAAACGGCAGAUACAAAGGUGUUGUUUGAUGUGGCGUGCGAUCGGAGACCGUACAAGAGCGAACCCUAGAGAGCUUUGGAAUAGAGGAAGUUGCUCGCCACUCUGUUGCCACAGUUGAUCCUCUUCAUUUGGUCCUGACGAAGCCAAACUUCGUACAAUCCCAUCUCCUAUGAUACGGACACUUCUGUUCUGUGGACACUUGGCUCUGUCCUGUUUUAGUCUGUAUUAAAGGUUUAACUGCCAGUUCCUAUCUCAAAGAGAGGUAUCAUGACACUAUUCGCACAGGGACAUUUUUAGAAGUUUCUACAGAAACUUCUGGCAAUAAACCAUUCUGUUUUAUCUUCAAUUACAGAUCCUAGAGGAAUACAACAUGGACCACGUGCCCAUGAAUCUUGUUCUCUUUGAUGACGCCAUUGAGCAUUUGACGCGUGUACACCGCGUGAUCCGCAUGGAAAAAGGUCACGCCCUGCUGGUAGGAGUAGGAGGCAGUGGGAAACAGUCCCUCACCAGGCUGGGCGCCUUUUCUGCAGGGUGCGAGGUGUUUGAGAUCACGCUCACCCGUGGUUAUGACGAGAACGCUUUCAGAGAGGACCUGAAAGGACUUUAUUCAAAACUAGGGCUGGAAAACAAGAAAAUGGUUUUCCUGUUCACUGAUGCUCAUGUAGCACAGGAAGGUAAUGUAGCUGACGUAUUUGACGUCGCACGUAGUUUUGUCAAAUACUUCAGGACGAGGUGCGGCUAGCAGUUGGCUUUUGACUUGCUGUACCACUGCAGUAUUAGGGCCUGUUUACAUGGAAGUAGGGGAGCCCAGGUAGGUGAGGUAACCCGCUUAGGUGGGGAACCCGCCUGUCCACAUAAUCUCUCUUUUAAAUUUGAUCACGUUUACAUGGAUAGGUGGGGUAACCCGCCGCAUGUUACCUAACCUAUCUGGGGUCCUCCACCUCCAUGUAAAUAGGCCCUUAGAUGUAAUGUAAGCAGCAAAAGCGUUAGUUUUAUUGUAACACUAUGGUUUCGCCGUUUUUUCUGCUCUUGCCUUUAGCUUCUUUUGGGCAGCUCGCGUCCUCUUCUCAGCUGUUGCCCAGAAACUGCGCUAUGUGAGGGGAGAGUAGAAUCAGUUUGGAGGAAUCAGUUUUAAAGUGUAGCAGGCAAUCGACUACGCCGUUCAGCGAAAUGACUUUGUGUAUGGAAAUGGCCGGCAACCACAUGGAAAUUAUCUGAAUACACUUUCUACUUCGGCUUUUUCAGGUUAUGGUAAAAUCUGGUAUUUUUCCCCACUAGAUCGAUCUUACAGUAGUUUCUAUUGUAUUUGCUUUCAGGUUUCCUUGAACUCAUCAACAACAUGCUGACGUCAGGAAUGGUUCCCGCGCUUUUCCCCGAUGACGAAAAAGAAGGAAUUAUCGGACAGGUAAGUAAGGACAAUUAAUGGGGUCUGCAUAAGGCCCCACCCCCCACCCAGGGUUCUCCUUAAGUGCGAGCAACCGGCUAAAAAUACCGGCUACUUGGAUGUUUGAGCCGUCUACUUUGUGGGGAUAAAGGGUAAAGUGAGAGAGUGAAAGCCUGAUAUUGCCUAUACAGCACUCAGUUACCUACUUAUACAUCCUAGACCCUCUUAGACAUUAAAUAGCGAGAACCCUGAAGGGCGUGGGGGAGAUUGUGAUCCUGACAAGUUGCGAAAAUUAUUUUGUACUUUGUCGACUUUAGAACAGCUAAACCUUUAUCGAUGAAGUCUCUUUGCUGGUCUGAUAGGUUUCUUUACUUCCCGGUUAUCAGUUGGCUUACUGUAUUAACCCUUUAAGUCCCAAUAUCCACAUACAAAUUCUCCAAACUGAUCUCCAUACAUUUCCUUGAAGAAUUAGUUGAGAGAAUUUGGUAAAAGAUCAAAUAUUUUUCUCUUUGUGAUCAUUUUGUUAAUUCUCAUAGACUUUGCUCAUGAUAGUCUAUAGAUAUCGUUAGGAGAAAAUUGAUUUUGAGCACUAUUGGGACUUAAAGGGUUAAUGAUUUGAUACAGUGUUGUCGUUAAACUCGUGUCCGUCGUUAAACUCGUGUCCUCCCCUUCACAGGUUCGAGACGAAGCAAACAAAGUAGGAGUGCCACCCGCACGGGAAUCUAUCUGGCAAUACUUUGUUAACAAAUGCGCCAAUAAUCUUCACAUCGUGCUGGCCAUGUCGCCUGUGGGAGAGACCCUAAGGACUCGCUGCCGAAACUUCCCAGGUCUCGUCAAUAACUGCAUCAUUGACUGGUUUACAGCUUGGCCGCAACAAGCUUUGCACGCCGUUGCUUCGGUGUUUUUGGGAGAAAACGUAAGUUUUUCCUUAUUUUGACUCACGCGAAGUUUUCACUCAGCUAGCUUGUACCUCCUUGAAGGCGCGCGAUUUUGGAAACUGCUCGUUCAACUAGAAUAACUACAAGUUACACAUUAAGUGAGACUACACAUUAAGUCAGUACACACACGCCGAGACUAUAAUAAAUUUUAUGAUAGUCUCUUCGUGUGUGUACUGACUGGUGUUUCGCUGUGCCUCGUUUGUAACUUGAACAGUUGUGGCGUACAGUACUUGGUGAUGCCCACCUAUUUAAACUCUUUCACUCAGGACAGCAGACAAAUUCAACACAGUUUUAACCCUAAAAACAGAGACGGUACCGUACAGAAUUCAACUUUAAGUUCUUAGAUCCGAAUCGGACAAAGGGUAGAGUUAACUUUAGAUACGUUAAUAGUUUGAGUUUGUUGCGUAUGUCCUAAGGAUACAAUGUCAUAUGGCCUGCGUCGUCGGCAUUCGAAGGGGAAUGCAGAGUUCGAGCGCGCUAACACGCGCAUGAUCCCCUUCGCGUCCUUGCACGCCCGAAUUUUCCCAUUCAUUUUCCAGUUUGAAAGCCUGCCACCCAGGCUAAAUGAAAUAUUGUCCAAUAUUAUUUAUUUAUUGGAGCAUUUUUUUUCUAGAAUGACAAAAUUCCUGAUGAACACCGUGAGAGUGUCGUUAACCACGUGGUGUACGUACAUCAAACCGUUGGAGUGUUCAGUAAAACGUUUCUUCAAAAGCUGAGGAGAGUGAACUACACUACGCCCAAGAACUAUCUGGAUUUUAUCAACACAUACAACAAGUUACUGGAAGAGAAAGAUAAAUUUGUUUUGGAACAAGUAAGUUAUUUCAUCAUGAUGUUUCCCGUCUGUGCCCUUUGAUCAAGUAUGCAUAAUGUUCGCACUUUCUCAAGCCCAAGUCGCGACGAUCGCUAUGGAUGAAACGACGAUCUUAGAGAUUAAAGCGAUAAGCGCAUUCCCUGUUCAAAUCAAGUUUGACAACGUAAAUCGUGCGGUGAUGGCAAAGAGUUCUGCCAAAAGGUGUGCUAAAGUUCAGAGUGUCUGUUUUGCUUAUUAAACCUGUUCCGUUGUUGAUUAUUUUCUUGUCUUCUUUGUCGUCGUCGUGGUUGUUUGAGCUCGCUAGUUACGUUACCGUGCAAAACAAUUGACAAUAUCUGACGAUUUUGUUGAACAACCUACGAUUUGAUGGAAAACGCGCGUCACAAACCAUGUCUGCAGGAACCCAUUGAGAGGCCGAAUCAUGAUAUACAUUUUGACAUUUUGAGGGACAUCGGAGGUACACAUUCUUUUACCAUGCUUUAUGACAAAUUGCUACCAGCGUUUCAUCCUGAAAGGGGUUGUCCAUUUGUUAGCCUCACAAAAAAUGUUCAGCGACGCAAAUGUUAGGUCAAGUUGGUUGGGUCAACGUUCUCAUUUCUCUUUCUCUCUUUUUUUUUAGUGUCAUCGUCUUGAUGGCGGUCUCAGCAAACUUUUGGCAGCCAGUGAGCAACUUAAAGAACUCAACGAAAAGUUGGAAAUUCAAAAAGUAGCCGUUACUGAAAAGAGCGAAGCCUGCGAGAAACUGUUGGUGGAAAUUCAGCGCGCCACUGAGCUAGCUAAUGAGAAAAAAGCCAUGGCUGUAGGCAAGAAAGAAGAGAUCGCUGAACAGAACAAGGAAAUUGUCGUAGAGAAAACGGAAGCGGAAGAAGCUCUUGCGUUGGCACUUCCGGCGUUAGAGGAAGCAAAACUGGCUUUACAGGAUCUAGAGAAGUCUGAUGUCACUGAAAUCAGGUACUGAACAGAUGGUAACUCCACCCUUCCAUCAAGUAUUUCGCUGACAAUCUCUGCGUGUAAGGUGUUGGUAACUUGCUCCUACGUGGAUAUCUGAUGUUGAUCAAAUAUUUUAAGAAAAAAUGCUCCUGCGCAAGAUGGCAUUUUUUUAAAAAGAACCUUCCAGUGAAAUCCUUUGUCGUGCUCAAAUGUCUGUUGGUGUAGAAUCCUUGUUUAACAACGUUCCUAUAAGCUGUUUUACGCAAGCUAGAGACUGAUGCAAACCUUGCUGACCGCAAAAAAACCAUCUCAUGCGAACCCCUUGAAUUUCUUAUUAAGUAACAGAUCGUCCCACGGAUAACAAGAUGGCGACCACAUCGCGAGAAAAACGAUAAUUCUCUUAAUGAAGGCAAUUCUGUACGUAAUCUUACAUUUCUCAGGCGUAAAUUAAUAAAAAUAUUUAGCCUCACGUUUUUGGCAAACGGCUUAAAGUGGCUGUGACGUCACGGCUGUCUAGUUUAUAUUGCCAAUAAUCCCAAUUACGCGUCCUUACUCGCAAAAAGACUUAAAAAGUUGCUCAGUAUAGGGCCUGUUUACAUGGAGGUUGGGGACCCCAGGUAGGAGAGGCAGCCCGCUUAGGUGGGGUAGCCCGCCUGUCCAUACAAUCUCUCAUCAAUUUGAUCGCGUUUGCAUGAUAGGUGGGGUGACCAUAUGAGAGAUUGUAUGAACAGACGGGUUACCCCACCUAAGCGGGUUGCCUCACUUACCUGGGGUCCCCAAUGUCCGUGCAAACAGACCCUAAACUGAGUAAUUUCUUAAGUUUCAUUGGCCCUUAGUGGCAGAUCCCAUUGUUUGAAUUUCGAUAAAGUUCGUGACACAGCUCCUUUAAGGCAGGGAUGACCUCGUGAGUAGUUACUUCAAGCCAUUUAAUGCCCAUGCUUUUUGCAGCGUCACGAUGAGUGUUGUCUCAUCCAUGAAAAAGUUCAUGAAGUAUCAGUAAUCGUAUGGUCAUCUCUGUCGUUUGCCUUUCUCUUUUGCUGUAAACGUGAUGCUUGAGCACUACUCAAAAUUUUUUAGCCUGGUUACAGUAACCCUGUGACUAAUCUUUCCCCUCAUUUUCUCGCGCAGAUCGUUUGCCAAACCCCCGCGUGCAGUGCAGAUGGUGUCCGAGUGCAUUGUAGUGAUGCGCGGCUAUAAGGAAGUGUCAUGGAAACAAGCCAAAGGGAUGAUGUCAGAAGCAAACUUCCUCAAGUCUUUGACAGAAAUGGACGUUGAUGGAAUCACUACAGCGCAGGUACUGUGUGUAGGCCUUUCAGUGCAGUGAGUGUGCAAAUGAAAGCUUUCGUUGAAGGAGUAGAUAAUUUUAAGGUUUCCAUAUAAUCGUGUCUCGUUCGCCUCGAUAUUUUGGUAUGGUGGGGACUAUACGGACGAUUAUAUGGAAACAAAGCUACACCGAGAGGUCAUAUCAAACUAACUAACUAUCUGUCUGGAACGAACGCGUCAGCCCUCUUCGAUCGUUCUAAGUAGUAAAGGAGAAUAGGACUUAAAACUACAAGACUCAGUGAGCAGCACCACAGUAGAAGUCAAUAGCAUUUGCCCUAUUCAAACCUGCUAAACAUGUUUGAUUAAACUAGGUUUUAAAAAUGAAAAACAUUAACAGAAAACUGGAACACAGGCUUUUACACAGAAUUCAAAUGAGCUUUAACACAACACCCAGUUGCACUUAUUUGCAGUCGAAAACAGUACAGUAGGCAGCUUUUAUAACGAAAACAAAUGUAAACCCUGUUUAAAUACUUUUGUUUAAACUUUGGUGUGAAUGAUGCUUUAGUUGCUUAAGGACGCUAUCACCACGUGACACUUACACUUACCUCGUCCACUACAACAAUCAAUUUGAAUGUAUCAUUCUUCAUCGCGUUAUAUUUAGUUUAGAGCUAAAAAAAUUACUGACCAAUGACGUUUUCUGUAUCAAACCAAUUAUUUUGCUUGUCCCAUCUCUUUCCCAGGUGAAGCGGUGCAGAGAGAUGUUGAAGGAGAUGAACAUUACUGUGGAGGAGAUGAGGGAAGUCAGCAGAGCAGGAGCUGGUUUACUCAAGUUCGUGAUCGCUGUUAUGGGAUACUGCUCUGUUGCUAGAGAGAUAAAACCCAAGAGAGAAAAGGUGGGUGACUGGCUUUAGAAUAGCUAGACUGAGUAGGUAGAGUGCGAGCAAUUUCAUUCUCUUAACUCAGUAUAGGGAGCUUGUGAGCUACAUAGGGCAAGACACGGGGCCAAGGAGCUCAAAUUCCUCCACUUUUCGCAGUUUGUAAACCCCACAAUGCAAACGGACGUAAUAUUGUCGGAUGUUACAUCUUGCGUCUGUUUGCACACGCUGUUGCAUGUUGUUGAGAGUAGUUGCGCAAAUUAAAGUUUGAAACCCGGUCAAACUUUUAGCUACGAACAAUUUUGGAAGUUGUUGCGUCCGUUUGCACGUAGCUUUACAGAAACGCAUUUCAGUGGCUGCGCUAAAGGUUCUUCAUACGCGAACUCGGAAGAUAGAGUUAUCGUGCGUAGAAACGAGAAAAAUACUGUUCAGCGGCUUUAACCCUAUGGUAACACUCCCAAAUCUCAUCUUUACACUCCAAUUUAGAAUCAAACUAUCGUAGUUCCUCGAAUAAGCGCCCGGGACGCUUAAUAAAAUUGCGGCUGAUAGGAGAGGCGUGUAUUGGUAGAGGGCAGGAGAGCGUUUAAUCGAAGGGGGCGGCGCGCUUAUUAAGUUUUCCCGUCAACAAACUGUUGCUUUAUUUUGGCUAAAUAUUAAAUAGAAAAACAAAAACUACAUCUUUAUCCUCGCCAGCGUUAAUUCAAUAUUAAGGUCUUUCGUUGCUAAAAAACAAUCGUUGGUUGUCAAGCGUACCGUAGUUCCAUUGUACACUUUAUACACAGAUGUAUCAAUAUGAAUGUUGUAGUUGAAACUUAAAAGGUAACACAUAGUGGCAAUAGAAACAGGUUUUCCUUGUAUCCCUACUAUUGAAGACAGUGAAGGGGGAAGGGCGGGGGCGCGUAUUAGAGAGGGGCACUUGUUCAGUGAUAUUUUGGCUUAGGGGGUGGGCGCUUCGUCGGGGGGCGCUUAUUCGAGGAAAUAUGGUAGUUCUUAUUCUGGAAUUUGGUGAGCGUGCUUCUGAUUGGCUGUGUGGUUAUUCUUUGAAGGUGGCAAGGUUGGAGAGAAAUUAUCACCUCAGUAAACGUGAACUUGAGAAGAUCGAGAAAGAAGUGAGGGCUUUGGAUGAAGAAUUGAAGAAUCUGGGUGAGAAAUACGACGCUGCCAUGCGGGAGAGAGCAAGCCUGCAGGAAGAAGCGGAGAUUAUGGAAAGGCGACUAAUAGCCGCGGACAAGCUUAUCUCUGGUCUGGGGUCGGAGAAAGUUAGGUAAAGAGUUCGUGAAAGUCUUUAUUUAUCAGCUAAAUUAGUAGGCGAAUCACCAAAUGCUUUGAUUAAAUCCGGGUGGAGAGACAAGAGUCCUGUAUUGGCGAUAUAGCUGUAUGACUCUCUGGAGGGUGUGGUGUAGCUACCUGCCUGGUGUGGUUAACGUUUUAAGAAGUAUCCAAAGUCUCAGCUUAGGUAUAGGAUCAAAGAUUUUUAGUGUAGAAAAAGAGUGUUAUUUUUUAAGUACCUGGUUAAAUUGAAUAACGUACACUUAAGCUUCUAUUUGAAUGUGAUACCGUACACAAUAUUUUACUUACGCGCUUGGUGAUUGGGUGAAGUUUUAUCUGUAUUUCUGCAGAUGGACAGAAGACUUGGAAGAGUUGAAGCUUCAACGUGUCCGUCUGUUGGGUGACUGUCUCCUGGCUUCAGCUUUCCUCAGCUAUUUGGGCGCCUUCACCUGGGACUUCCGCCGGGACAUGUUCCGAGGGGAGUGGGAGAAAGAUGUCUUAAACCGGGGUAUCCCUGUAAGCCAGCCGUUCAAACUAGACACUUUCCUUACUAAUGAUGUGGAGAUCAGUCGUUGGACUUCCGAGGGUCUCCCGCCAGAUGAACUGUCAAUAGAGAAUGGUAUUCUGACCACACAGGCCAGCAGGUAUCCGCUGUGCAUCGAUCCGCAGCAGCAGGCGCUUAACUGGAUCAAGAAAAAGGAAGAGAAGAACAAUUUAAAGGUGAGUUGAACUCACGUUUGAAAAGAAAUUGUAAAUAACGCGUCGUAAAUGUACUACGUGAUCAAAUGUUGAUAUGCACUGUGCAAUGGUAACCUUACUUUUUAGAGGCUUCGAAUAAAUAUUAUUCCUUUUUUAGGUCGUGACGUUCAACGACCCUGAUUUCCUGAAGCAACUGGAACUGGCCAUCAAGUAUGGCUUCCCAAUCCUGUUCAAGGACGUCGAUGAGUACAUAGAUCCUGUCAUUGAUAAUGUACUAGACAAGAACAUCAAAGGUAAAUAAAUAAAAAAACUGACUUGGAGGGAAAAUGUAUUAAUUAGAGCGCUUUUCUCCUCGUGAUUUUUCGUGCGGCCUCACCGCUCGUUUUCUCGGUUAAUCCCUCACCGUUAUCCAACAAAACUGCCAGAUAUGCAGGAUAGAAAAUGUGCAAGAACAAACGAAUGAAUAAACCGUCAAAAAAGUGACCUAAGGGCUUAAAGAAACCAAAACAGUUUGAACAAACGAGUGUAAUUGAAUAAUUGCAGUCGAUCCUCCUGUGAGCGAUCACCCCAAAUGACAAGAUUUGGUAGUCGCUUAUUAGAGUUUCCAACUAGAUUGCUUGGACUGACAAAACUGAUUCUGGUGUUUUGGAUAGGUGGUCGCCUAAGGAUAGCCUGCGAGCAAACGCUCCAUUUCGGGAAUAUCGUGAAAAGUCACGCGCGAGUGGCACACGCGAGAGAUGGGGUGGGGAUCCUCACCUCCCCCGUCCCCUGCGGCUUUGCUGCUUGCUCAUGCCUUCUCCCGCGGCUCCCUUUGCUAACCCACUCGAAAUGAAGGGUGUGCUGGUACGUUACUUAUGAAAGAUGGUCACACAGGACGGAAUGCAGCUUUGACAAGGCCUCACAGGGCUGACUUGAAAAAGAAUAAACAGGCAACAGUGACAAUGUACCCUCACCCUAAAACGAUAGAGCUGCGUGCUAUGUGUAUCCUAUGAAACUAGAUUUUCUAGAGGGUGCUUACUGUCCGCUCACAUAGAGGUUCGACUGUACUUACCUUUUUAUUUAUUUAUUUACUUAUUUAUUUAUUUAUCCAUCUAUCUAUCGAUUUCAGGGGAGCCUGGUCGGGAGUUUGUUGUACUUGGAGAUAAAGAAGUUGACUACGAUCCGAGUUUUCGAUUGUACCUGAACACGAAGCUCUCCAACCCUAAGUACACCCCGACUCACUUCAGUCGCUGUAUGGUGGUGAACUACACUGUAACCAUGAAGGGACUGGAGGAUCAGCUGCUGAGUGUUAUUGUAGGAUUUGAAAGGAAAGAACUGGAAGAACAGAGGGAAAGAUUAAUUCAAGAAACAAGGUCAGGACAGAAAACUUGAGUUUAGAGCUUGCACUCGCUUGCACUUUCAAGUUUGCUUAAAACAAUACUAUCAUCGAAACCGAGAAAAAGUAACGAAAGACUUAUAAUGGACUGUUCAAACCUUAGAGUGAAAAUUCAUGACCAUUUUCUGCGGUGGUAACAGGAAAACUUUACCGCAGUUGUCAUUUAAUGUUACGAAUCUUUGGGUUUCAUGUUACGUACAGACAAGAAGUACCGUACCUUGUAUAUCGUAGAAACAAUAUUAAAGGAAAGUGAUUUUCGUGAAUUUUCGUUGAAAUCUUCAUUUCGUUUGGCGUGUCUCGGUGUAGGUAUUUAUCCACAGAGUUUUAAGGGGUGAAAUUACAAAAUUGAAUUUUGAACUCGACUUACAUAGUAUGUGCAGUUUGAUAUCAAAACUUAAAAGGUUAAUAUAUAUGAUGUGAAAUCUAUGUUGCAGUGAUAACAAGCGACUUCUGAAAGAUCUUGAGGACACUCUUCUUCGGGAACUCGCCACUUCUCAAGGGAACAUGUUGGAUAACGUGGAGCUUGUUCAGACUCUAGAGGAUACCAAGUCUAAAGCAGUCGAGGUAAAUGUUCUUUUAUUUUGUAUUUGAAUGAUAUAUUUUUUGCGACUAUUAAAAGGGAAAAAAAAGGUAACACUAUUCGCCACUUUAGAAAAGAGAAAGAGACUGGGUCGAGUUAACUUUCGCAAAGGCUUCUGGGACUGUUUGUAGGGACCGGCGCGUCCCCAGUAACGAUCCCAGAAACAACUGCGGGACAUAUUUCGGCUCCAGUUCCCUUCUCGUCUUGGCGAAUUGAAUUUGACACUCCAGUACUUUUCACUAGUCUUCGUGUGUUGUUUUGUUUAAGUACCCAAAGUUAGUUUGAUUGGUCGAUGGCUUUUAAAAACAAUCAUUAACCAAUCAUAGCUUAGGCUUCGUUUAAACUAUGCCAAACUAGUUGCUCUCGUAAGUUAAAAAUAAACUAUCCCAGAACACUAGAACUCAUUCUACCCUCGGUUUCUUAAGGGGCGGUCUGUGGUCAGAUACUUGUCUUUCACAAAUCGUCGAUGAAUUCCUUAGGCCCGGUUCAGACGCCGCUCCUCUCAUGUGCUGAACCUAACUGAUGAAUUAAGUACGGCAAAAGAGCGGCGUCUGAAUCAAUUUGGUACGGCAGUUUACGUUUGGUGCGGCAAAAGCGUUAAGUUCGACAGAGUCUGUCGAACUUUUGUCGAACUUAACUUAGGUUUGACACACGGUACCCCGUCUGAAUCAGAUGUCGCGCCAGUGUCGCUCCAAAGUCGAACUUACUCAGUUAGGUUCGGCACAUGAAAAGUACGGCGUCUGAACCAGGCCUUACUUGCGUUUCUGACACUUUCUGUGACCACGUUGGGUCAAUGGUGGGUUCUUUCAACUUAUAGUUUAAUUUUGCUGUUUGUUCAGGUCGCUGAAAAGCUCAAACUUGGCGCCAAAACAGCAGUUGACAUAGACAAGCUCCGCGAUGGCUACAGGCCAGCGGCUAAACUAGGAGCCGUUUUAUUCUUCGUGUUAUCAGAGAUGUCAGCUGUUAACUCCAUGUACCAGUACUCUCUGGCGUCCUACCUUCAACAGUUUGAUUUGUCCUUAAGGAAAAGCUUGCCCGACUCCAUUCUACCAAAGCGACUGAAAAACAUCAUGGACACACUAACCAUGAAUGUGUACAACUAUGCUUGUACUGGUAAGUAUCCUCUUUUUAGUAGAGCGUGAUAAUGGCGAAAAAUGCUUUCAAUCAUAUGGUCAAUGAGAGAGUAACCAAUCAUGUGGUACAAAAGAGACUCUCGUCCCUGUCCUGACUAGGCGAGCGUUGUAUGGACGAAUUGUAGCAGUCCUUUACUGUCGAACCGAGAACACCAGUAUUUUGUUCUCGAAUGUUUUUGAACCGAAAGGGAAGAAACGAUCAGUUUUGAGAUAGAAAAACCGUGAAAAGGUUUAGGUCAUUAGUGUAUGAUUUGUUCGUGUCUUGAUCUCCCACAUGAUAGCGGAAUGACAUCAUCAACUCUCGCGAAAUAUCCCAGGCAUUCACGCGUUUCGUUCACUACCAGUAUGAGCCACAAGUUGCUCUUAAUUUUAAGACUCUGGGUUACAAGGCAAAUGUUAAGUUUUUAAAGUUGAAAAGUACGUAAGAAAGGUAAAUUACUAUCGUCAUACGUCCUUGACGUCUUAUUUAAACACCCGAAAACACUCCUUUAGAACAAUGCCACGAGAGAUUUACCAAUGUCCUGAAAUCUAUAAACUCGUACCCGUCAACAUCUUCAAUUAUUGAUACAAUAAAAAACAUUUACCAUUGAUGAUCAUAUUGCAACAACCUCGUAACUUUAGUUCUUUAUCAGCUGCAACUUCCUGUAUCUCGCGCCAUAUAUGUAAGUGCAACUUAAUGUUAUCUCUUAUAUUUGGUACCAUGCAUAUAUCUUGUAUUAACUACCGACCUGGAUUAGCUACUGCUACUCACGGGUAGAUACUACCUCUUCCAAUUCAUGCUAUAAUAAAGUUGUUGUUGUUGUUGUUAUUGUUGUACACAACUGUCAAAUUGCUAUGUUUACUCCAAUUGUUUUCUUUGUUAUUUUCUAGGAUUGUUUGAACGUCACAAGCUUCUGUUUUCUUUCCAAAUGACCAUCAAAAUCCUGGAGGCGGACGGCAAGUUAAACCCAGAGGAGCUGGAUUUCUUCCUGAAGGGUAACAUCUCCCUGGAGAAGAGCUCCCGUACAAAGCCCUUUCCUUGGCUGCCUGAUCAGGGCUGGGAAGAUAUACAGAGACUGAUAACCGUCACUCCAGAGGCCUUUAGCUCAUUGGCUGAUGACAUAGAAAGAAACGGUCAAGCAUGGAAGGAGGUAUGGUUCCUUAGUUAAAUCAUUGUCUGGUAUGAUUGUUUCUCGCCGGAGCCGGGUUGUACAAAGUUAAGAGGAAACUGGACGGAGUUAACUUUCGCAGAGACCUUUGGGACUGUUCUAGGGGCACGGAAAAAAUGGCCAAUAGCUGACCGGCGCAUCACCGGUAACGAUCUCAACAAUUGCGGGACACCUUUCGGCACCAGUCCCCUGUCCUCUUAUGGUUUCUAAGGUGUCGAAUGUUAGAGCGAAAUUGAAUUCGGAUAUGAAAGCUUAAAAAGUACAAGUUCAGUUUAAAGACAAAUUCAGUUAAAUUAAACCCUUUUAAAACUUUUUGUUUCAAAUUUGACCGUUGGAUGCUCUAAAAAUACAAUACAAAAGACUGAAAAUUUUUGGGUACAACAUUGAGUUAGCCGAAUAGGUGUAUUAUUUUUGCGUCCAAUUUGACUGUUGGUUGCUCUAAAAACAAGACAGACAAUUUUCCGAGAAAAUACUUUUCAACAAAAGAAAGAGAAACGCAUACAAAAUUUAACCCCGGGUUAACGCUAAACGGCGUUGGAACAUCUGGGCCCUGAGGGUCGUCCUUAACAAAAUUUUUUUGGUGCUGACUGAUUAGAUUUCUGGAGAUGUGUCAAUAAAAUAUCUGCCUCCAAUCCAAGGAGUGUAGAAGAUGAGCAGCUUUGUAGGUCGUUACCGCAAGGAUUCUGUAGUCAUUUACAUUGCCAGCCUAUCGCUUCCUCUUUUGACUGAUAAGGUGCGGGUAAUAGUUUCAUGUUUAAAAGUCAGAUGAACACAUUUCAAUUUUUUUUUCUUUUUAAUACUUUAAAUGUAUUUCCUUUUAGUGGAAUGAUCACGAUUCUCCUGAAUCCGCGCCCUUCCCUGGCAAAUACGAAGAGAGCCUGACAGACUUCCAACGUCUCCUGCUACUCCGUUGUUUCCGCGUGGAUAGAGUAUACCUCGCCAUCACAAACUUCGUGACCGGAAGGAUGAGCGAGAAGUAUGUUACCCCGCCGGUGAUCAGCUUUGAGGCGAUAUUCGAGCAGUCCAAUCCCUUCUCCCCUAUUAUCUUCAUCCUCAGUCCUGGUUCGGAUCCUGCCAGUGAUCUUAUGAAGCUGGCUGAGAGGUCAGGAUUUGGCGGUAACAAACUCAAAUUUCUUGCCAUGGGACAGGGACAGGAGAAGGUAAGCGUGUCAGUGAGCUUAAGCAACUAAGACGUUUUUGAGCGACGCACGUCAACCGGAAGUCAACUUUUUAUAUUCUUGGGCAUUGGUUUUGUCCAAAUUUUCAAGUAAGGAGUCUCUAUGCACGUAGCAGUACUAAUUUAGAAGCGUCACAUGUGGUAUAUCCAAAGGGAAAAGAGCCCACUUCCGGGUGAUGCGCGUCGUUCAAAAACACCUUUGCUUAAUCUCCCUUUUACUAUCCCUGAGAUGCUUUUUGUUCAAUGAUAGUUAACUAUCAGGUAACUCUAUCCUAACGGGCACUUGUGUAGACGAAUAUCCCUCUCCCCUGAUACAGACAUCCCCUUCCCACUAACACAGACCCAAUGAGUUGGUCCCUGCCGGUUUUCAGUUUCUUUUUCUUGAUUGUUUGUUUGUUUGUUUGCCUCUCUGCAAGGCCUACACUUACUGCUGGUGACAGAGGUGAAAGCUUUGACAUUCUUAAGCCGAGCAACGUUCUCUAAACUUUUGAAGUACUUCGCGAGCUGUCGCUUAAAUCAAAAGAAACACUUUUUCCUCCAUCAAUUCCCUUAGUAUGUGAACGAAAACAAAACACUCAACAUCAAGCCUUACUACCUGUUUUGUUAUUCGUUUUACAGUUGGCGUUGCAACUCCUUGAGACAGCGAUAGCAAGGGGUCAGUGGCUAAUGCUUCAAAAUUGCCACUUGUUGGUGAAGUGGCUGAGAGAAUUAGAGAAGGUCCUGGAGCGAAUCAGCAAACCUCAUCCCGAUUUUAGGCUGUGGCUCACUACAGACCCCACUCCAGAGUUCCCUAUUGGCAUUCUACAAAGGUCCCUCAAGGUAUUGUACACAGUGCAAAUUAUUGUUCAUAUUUAAGAAUACGAUAAAGGAUGAGACCUCAGUUCUAUAAUUUAUCUCGUUGAAAAGCGUUUAUGUUACAGCAUUUUUUCUCUUGGUUACUCGCAGUACCAAAGAAGUUAUGCAUGCCCGAACCAGAGCGACUAGGCUAAAAAACCAAGAUCUAGACCAGACCAAGUCACUUGUGUAUGUUUAGCCUGCGGGCAAGCUAUCCAUUUCAAAUGGCAAGGCAAGCGAGUUGUGAACGAACACGCGAGCGGUGUCUCCUUCCGCCUCUUAAGGCAUCCCCCAAAGUGAGAGUUACUAGCAAGUUAUUGUAUAUUGAGUGAGAGUGACUUUAUUUUUGUCUCCUAUUUAGGUUGUCACUGAGCCGCCAAAUGGUCUUAAGCUGAACCUGCGCAGUACAUAUCACAAGAUAACCAAUCAGGCACUUGCUGAUUGCCCGCACCAGUCCUUCUCGCCUCUUGUGUAUGUAGCAUAUUUUCCCAUAUAUAAUAAAUGUUUCCAGUCUGUCCUGUCGCUGCCAGUUUCUAAAUUUUUUAGCGCAUUAUACGAAAACAGAGUCAGACCUUGCUUGCAACUUGGGUCUUUUUGCGUUCUACAUUUUUAAGGAAGAACGACUGCUUGCAUGCUAUCUCCCGCCCCCACUAGCCUCCUCCAAUGCGUUAGAUUAGUUUGUUUUCCUUGUGACCCAAGCAAAAUUAUUUACUGCAUUUAGAUAUUGUGACUGAACGGAAUAAGUUCUUCCCCGUUUGUUGUUUAAUUGUAAAAUAAAAUGAAAGCAUGUCACUGCUAAGGUAUACAUGUUAGCGAAAUACUGAUGCGUAAAUUUACUAUCUUUUUAACAGAUAUGUGUUGGGGUUCUUCCACGCUGUGGUGCAAGAAAGAAGAAAGUACGGCAAGAUUGGUUGGAACAUCGCUUAUGACUUCAACGAGUCGGACUUCAGAGUCUGCAUGACAUUACUGAACACUUAUCUAACUAAAUCACUUGAGAGUCCGGACAAAAGAAUCCCUUGGGCCAGUUUGAAAUACCUCAUAGGCGAGGUGGGUAGCUAGUUAAGCGGUUGUUAAGUUAAAAAUCAGCUGUAUAUAUAGAACUUGCAACUAUUUAUUGCACAGAGCCCAAAUAGUCGGUUUGUGUAACCAGUUAUUUUUCGAUGUAAAACGUGUUAUUUAAGGUACGUACGUUUUACAGUUUAAAACACGUUGAUAUAAAUCCGAUUCAUAUUGCAUUUAUAAAUUACAGUUACACUAAGCUGUUUAUUGAUGUGUCCUGGUUACAAUCAUUUCAGACUAUCACAAUGUUUCAUAGUCCUAUUGGUGGCCAACUGUUUUAUAUUGCUGCGGUAAACUGAUGGCCCUUAGAACCAAAAAUUUUCUGGGCCUGUCGAUGGUCGUAGGUAGCCCCUUCGAAACAUUUGGAUCUGUUUAUCAUUAGUUCGAUCCCUUUCAUGGCCUCAACAAAAAAUGGGAAUGCCCGGCCUUUUUAUACCCCCCGUAUGUUAUUGCCCAAGUUCCCGCGAAGAUAAUCUCAUGUAUUCUUGAGAUGUAUGGUUUUCAAGCAGUUUUAUAGUUUGGGAUGAAGUAUAGGAAUCAAAGGGUAUUAUGCGAAAUUUAGCAGUGGGUAUAGAAUUAAAGUGAAUUAGAGUUAGAGUGUUUGUUUAAUAAUUGUAAAAAGUGUUGCAAGAUAGGAUUGAAAAUCUGUCUAAAAUAGCCUUAGGGUCUCCGCCUCCCCCGGAACAAACUACAGAUGAGAGUGGGUAUCGUUACGGUAGAACAGAUAGAGACCGAAGCCACUCGAGUGAAAUCUCUAGAUCCUGAUAAUUUCAGCCUCACUUCCGAUUUGUCGCGUUUUAACUUCUUUUUCUGUUCUAACAAUAUUCGUUUUUGGGUUGUGAACUUUACUGCUUAAGUUGAUAACAACUUGAAAUUAUAACCUUCCUUCAGGUGAUGUAUGGUGGUCGUGUGAUCGAUGAUUUUGAUCGCCGUGUGGUCAAGACGUACAUGGACGAGUACAUGGGAGACUUUAUCUUUGACACUUUCCAGCCAUUCCACUUCUACAAAAACGAAGAGGUGGACUAUUUUAUCCCCAAACCUGAAAAAGGUGAGUGUUCAUAAUAGGUCCAUUGUUUUAUCUGUAAGUACAUGCUGAGAAUUCAGAGAAUUAUAGGGAUAAAAACUUAUCUUCUCGAAAAUUAGAUUUUAGAUCUAUAACCAUUUUGUCGAUGUUCGAGAGGUGUCAAAAUUCUAGAUCUCAAAUCGUGAGUUUUUCCCGAAAAUUGCUUUGCCCCUGUCCCUCCCCCCUCCCAUUUCAGUUCAAAUUCUUUGUUAUCCCUUCACUUUUGUGUAGAUUUUUCGAUGAUUGCACAACUCCCUCCUACUACAAGAGAUAUCCGUUAAUGACCGUUACCAGUAACAUCGGGAAAAAUGGUUUGACAUUUAUCCACGUGAAUGAGCCAUUGUGGCUUACUAUUUAAGGUUGAAUGCACUGUGAAAAUAAUAGAGAAAAGGAGCGUUUUUGGUCCAGCAGAUAAUCCAAACUCCCUUGUAACGAGUACAUGUUUUCAAACGAGCCUUCUCAUUCAUGUAAGCUUAAGAGGUUCAGAGUGUAUUGCUAAAGAAAGUUAAGAGUUAAUCCACAGAAUUCUUGAAAUUUUCACCUUGUAGCAGUUACCACUUCUUUCAGAAUCAAGACACAAUAUUCGAGACGUGUCUGGAUUGCAGCGGCCUCUACUUAUGAGUAUUUUCUGCGUUGUUGUGGUAAAUGAACAACUAUUAAGGGGAGCAAGAGUGGUGCAGUGGUGAGAGCACUCGCCACCCACCAAUGUGGCCCGGGUUCAAAUCCCGUCGUCGACCGGCCCUAUAUGGCUUGAGUUUGUUGGUAGUUCUCUCCCAUACUCCGAGAAAUUAUUCUCCAGGUACUCCAGUUUUCCGCUCACCUCAAAACCAACAAUUCCAAUUCGAUCUGGAACGCACGAACGCGACACGUUUUUAAGAACUCGUAAGUGUUUUUUAGGUAAACCAAUUAUAAUAUAUCUUUUAGGUGCCUCUGAGAGUAACCGAGACUUGUACGCAGACGCCAUCGAAGCCCUACCCUUAUCCAACACCCCGGACGUAUUUGGACUCCACCCCAACGCCGAGAUCGGCUACUACACGCACUCAGCCAAGGAUAUGUGGAGUCACUUGGUUGAACUACAGCCGCAGACGGGCGGGGAGUCGGGGGGUGUAAGCAGGGAAGAGUUUAUCGGGAAAAUAGCCACUGAUAUCCAGGGCAAGUUACCACCAUUGUUUGAUGUGGACAGAGUGAGGAAGAGCAUAACGGAUAUCACGCCCACGUACGUGGUAUUGCUGCAGGAACUGGAUAGGUUUAAUGUUCUCAUCAGGAAAAUGUCGACCUCGCUUAUUAACCUUCAAAGGGUAAGCUGCAGGCAAACGCGUCUCACUUAUCAUUUCAUCCCCUUCCCUUCCCCAACGUUUAAUAUUGAGGGCCUUCACAUGACAUCACGGCGGCCAUAUUGGUGUUCUAAAACAACGAAACGGCGCCAAUGGUAGUUAAACCAAUCUUGUGAGAUUUGAACUCUUUUCUUAAGUAAACGCUUUCUUUUGCUGCAAUAAAUUUGCAUAGAUGCUGGCCCGCACAUGAGUGAAAACGCUCUGUUCUCUACCUUCGCCUAUCAUUGUUCGAAUUUAAUUCGCAUAAUUUAUUGCUAGUUUGUACAUUUACUUUUUUACUCUGAGUGUUAUUGGCGUUCCCUGGUGCAUCACGUACUUACCGCAGUAUUGUUUUUCUUUUUCCCAGGCCCUUGCGGGUGAAGUGGGAAUGAGCAGUGAACUGGACGAAGUUGCGCGUGCGCUGUUCAACGGUCAAAUUCCUAACAUUUGGCGCAAGCUGGCUCCAGCGACUCUCAAGUCUCUUGGAAACUGGAUGGAACAUUUCCUGAAACGCUUGAACCAGUAUAACCAAUGGGUGAGUGCUUCGUUCUUGUGUCGUUGGCGCAUAGUUGUUCUUUUUGAAUCGCAAAGUCAGUCUUGGCUUGAUGAGAUUUAUUUGCGUUUCUUUUCGGAAGUUAUAUUUUUGUGAUUUUCCAUUAAAACACCAGGUUCAAUUGCAGAUUUUGUGCGUGAAUUCGUUAAGUGAAAUCCCUGGUUUGCCAUACCCGGAUUCCUUUAUUUAUUAUAUACAUUUUGAAAUCACUGGUGAUCCCUGCAAUCUUAUUGGCUCUCAGCAGAGUGUUUUUUUUAGGAUCACGCUAUUUUUUGCUCUAAAUCACAAUUGUUCGAAAUCGCGCCAUUCAUGCUCUAAAUCGCAUCAUUUCUGUUUUAACUCGCACCAUUUCUGUUUCGAAUACAAAAUGAGAUGUAAACGUUUUUGUUUCCACUUUUUGAGAAACCGGCUACUUGAUCAAUGAAAUAUUAGUACGAACUGAAUUUUGUGAUUUCAAAUGGCUGUAAUAAAGUGGUAAUCGAACUUUGUGUCGAGUAAUUUUGGUCUGAAAUCAUUGAAAUCACGCGUAUUAUUUCAGACCAACUUGCACUCCACUCAGUUCAAUUACCAUCAUCAAACUCACCCUUGGGGGUUCAAGAAGGGGCACUGUCAAUAAAUCGGGACCUUUUUCAACGCAUAUUCUACCAGAGCAGUAACUCGUUAAGUAAUUUCGUUUAUUUUGCUUGUAGGUCAAUGAAGGCGAACCUGCAGUAAUCUGGUUAUCUGGUCUGCACAUCCCUGAAUCAUAUUUGACAGCUCUAGUGCAAGCUACCUGUCGUAAGAACGGCUGGCCAUUGGAUCGUUCCACUUUAUACACUACCGUCACUAAAUACAGAACCGCCGAGGAAGUUACCGAGAGGGCGCAUUCAGGCUGUUUUGUCAGCGGUCUAUAUCUAGAGGGUGCCUCCUGGGACCUUGAGUCAGCAUGCCUUCGAAGACCCAAGCCGAAGGUCCUUGUUGAGGAACUUCCGAUCCUAAAAGUGAUCCCCAUUGAGGCACACAGGCUUAAGCUGCAGGUAACUUGAAAAACCCCUGUUUCGUUCUGUUAAAUUUGGGAAACAUUCAGCAUUAGGAACUAGGCACUGCUUCAACACUUUUGUAUCACGUAACAUAGACGGAAAUAAUUCUGAAUAUUUCACUUUCAAACAUUCCAUCUACAGGCUAAAGUGUACAGGAUAGACAACAAUACUACUGGAAUAAAAAUAUCGCUAAGAGGGCUCCACCUCGUAAAGGUCAAAAGCCCGAGCUCUUAUUUGUGACAUGACAAACAUCUUCCAAUAAUCUAUGAACCAUUUUCCACUCACACAGUGGUUGUUUCAAACACGAGACGCAGAAACCUCGUUCGAAAAGCACAUAGUAUAUGUUUCGACUGAAUGGUUACAUCGCAGGAUUUCCUUUUAGAUCAUUAUUUUCUCACACGUUUUUUUUUUUUCAUUUUAGAAUACCUACCGUUCGCCAGUAUAUACAACAUCUCAGCGUCGCAACGCUAUGGGAGUGGGUUUAGUGUUUGAAGCAGACUUGGCGACGCAUGAACAUAUUUCUCACUGGGUGUUGCAGGGUGUAUGCCUAACACUUAACUCAGACUAGAAUGCGUUAUUGCUACCAGUUAACCAACUUUAUCCUUUCCUUAUUAAGAUCUUCUCUUUUUAAGAUACGCAAUUUUCUUUUGCAAAUUAAUCAGUGGCAAACAACAUCUUUUAAGUAACUCACCUCUUGUUUAAGGUCAUAAAUUUUACUGUUCUUUGUAUUCCUAAAUCUGCUCUGCUUCGCAGAUACUUUCUUACGCAAAGUUAAUAACCUCACGCGAUUCUUUUACGAGAGAAGAAGGGAGGGAAUAAGAAUUACAGAUAUUCAUACGUAUUACUUGCUUGGGGUUUGUCAUACGAAGCAAAACCAUUUUUUGAAGUAGGAAGUUUCAAGUUUGUAUUUGUUUGCGUUUUGCUUCUAUUCCAAUGACAUGUUAAUUUUUUAGAAUUAUUUUGUUUAAGAGUGUUUAAAAAAUAUUAUUGUAUUUUGUGUUGUAAAUAAAAUAUACCAGGCCUUUUAAAAAGGCACUUACUAAAAAAUUAUAACUUUCUCUGAGUUUGUUUUCCUUUAAAACAGGCCUAGAUAAACUAUCUGAUUAUGUUCUAGACAGAAAGCAAGGCUACAAAAAAACAUUAGCGCAAAGUCGAAAAAUUCACAUUUUGCCAAAGUGAUUAACCCAUGGUUUUGGCCAAAAAUUUGAAAUUUCUUCUCGGAUUGUUUUUCUUUAAGAUAGGCCUAGGUAAUCUAUUUGAUCAUGUUCGACAUAGAAAACAAGGCUUUGUGGACCAUAAAAAUGACAUUAGAGCGAAGUCGAAAAAUUUGCAUUUUUCCAAGGAGGCUAACCCAUGGUUUUGGUCUAAAAUUUGAGAUUUUCUCUCAGUUUGUUUUUCUUUUGAAAAGGCUUAGAUAUAAUGUUCCAUUAAGUUCUUAAAAGAAAACAAGGCAUUUUAGAAGUGACGUUAGAGCAAAAUCCAAAAAUUUUCAUUUUUUCAAGGGCCUAACCCAUAGUUUUGGUCAAGAUUUCGGAAUUUUUUUCUUUGUUUCUUUUUCUUUAACAUUGACCUAGAUAUACUGUUUGGUUACCUUUUAGAUAAAAACAAGGCUUUCUAGACUAUAAAAAUGACAUUAGAGCAUUAUUUAAGUAAAAAAGGCCUAGAAAUAAUCUUUAGCGAUAGUCUAGAAAGGGAAGAAGCUUUUCAGGAAGAAACUGAAAAUGUCACUGAUUUUGUAUUGUCCGACUAAUACGUAUUUUCCGGAGGGGUUAACCCAUUGUUUCGGUAAGAAAAUUCAAAAUUGUUUCUAGUUU